CAAAUAACACGAUCCUCGCAAGAAGACAAGUCAGACGAUAAACCCGAAGAGGACAAAUCGGAGAAGUCAGAGAAAAAAGAGGACGAGCAGAAUAAGGAAGAGGAAGAGAAAGAUGAAAAGGAGGACUCCAGGUGAGUGUUGAAUAGCUCUGUGUGUGCGUAUAAACGUGGGCAUGGGUUUCCCACAGGUACUGCUGUUAGUCCUGGCUAAAGUCAGCCUCUGGCCUGGUCCGCCUCUGACACUUUUAGGGAGAAUCUGUACCUCCCAGUAAAUGUUUGCCCUCAGUUGAGGCGACAGGAACUCUGGAGCCUUAUCACAGGGAUCAGCAUCCCUCAUAGAUGUGUUGUAAAUUAGGCCAUAGAGAGAGUGCGAGCGGGAGAGAACCACUGCCCUUCUCUGGCGUGAUGGACAGGCUGACCAAACCACCCACCACCCGCUGCUUUCAGUGUUCCAUUGAUAACUUGUGUCCUCUCUCCUUCGAAUGUUCUACUCCAAUUAAUUUUGAGAUGGAGAAAGAAUGAGAAGAAUUGAGGAAAGGCGAAUUGAAAAAGAGCCACUGACUCUUAAGAGGCAGACAUCUUGACCCCAGGACUCUGAUCCUUUAGCCAGAUGACUCCCUGCCUUUUUACCCAGCUGGAUCAGUGGGCAGCAGUUAGUCAUAACUCAUGUGUCCUAACCAACCACUAAAUGAGAAAUGCAAGUGCCUGUAAAAAAAAAUAACCUGCUAAUGAAAAUGUAUUUUAUUUAGAUUUUGAUUGGACUAUUAUUUUGAUUUUCCUAAGAAUUCAGCUGUGCAAAUAAUAGGCUUGUACAGUUAAUGAAAAUGUCCAUUGCGGAGGAAUUGAAUAAAAUAAAACAAUCCCUUCUCUUGUCUCCUCCAGGGACAUCGGCAAAGACAAAGACAAGUGUGACGGCGGGGAGGACGAGGACUGUAAGGAGCAGAGCACGCCACGCGGCAGGAAGACCGCCAACAGCCAGGGCCGGCGCAAGGGAAGGAUCACCACGCGCUCCAUGGCCAAUGAGGCUGCCUCUGUGGCGGCCGAGGAACCACCGCCACCCGCCCCCGAGCCUGCCUUGCCAACCGAGCCCCCUCAGCUCCCCAAACCUGAGCCUACUACCCAGAAGGCUAUGAGAGAGCCCACCAAAUCUGCAACGGGGGAACCCCCCAUGGACCCUAACAGAGGAGGUAAGCACCUCGGCUAUUCUACGCUUUUAUUAGCCUACUACCAUCCCCUCUUUCUUUCUUUUUUACGAAGAUGCAUCUCAAAAAGAUAGAGGAGGAGACUUACGCUUACUAAGGUGGUUUACUAGUUUUAUGGGUAUGUUGUAUUUGUGACCAUGGGACUUAGUAGAUAAUAUAACUCUCUACUCCUGUCCACUCGCGGUAUUGAUCCUCGGUUAUGAAAGUUUGAACGAGUGUGUGGAGUGCGAACUGUGGCUUCAUGAUUAUCUUAUGUGAGAGAUCAGCUGUUGUGUGUUUUUAUCCUGGAAAGGCCCUGAAAUAUAAUAGCAUUGUGAGGAUGCUGUUAUAGGUCACUGCUGUAGAAGAGGGCGGCACAACUUGAGAGCCUAAACAAGUCCCAAUGGUCAUGCAGCUGAGCUGAAACACCUCUAGCUUCAAGAAAAACACCACCACAUACCAUAUAAACAACCCCAAUUACCUUUACACACACACACACACGUGAUAGGGUGGUCAGUUAACAACUGGGGUCAGUUCCAUUCAUUAGCUAUAUUUCUAAAUAAGGAAUUGUCAGCUCUAUUCAUUAGCUACAUUUAUAUCUGUAAUGUCACCGUUCUGAAUGCAUCCCUGGUUCACCAGGUUCAGGUUGUUGUUGUUUUGCUCCUCAACACAAUGCCAUAACAGACUUCUAUCUCUCACUUCUGUAACCCAGCCAGGGGUUCGGUCUCAGUCUAGCCUAUACCCUAGCCAUCAUCACCAUGGCAAUAGUGUGGUGUCUGGGGUGGACCUGUUGUCAUGGCUCCUCACAGCUGUACUUCAGCCUAGCCACUUAAUUUGUCCUUGUGCUGCUCUGAGAGCUUAUUUUGAUGUUUGUGUGCUGAAUGUCAGACAGACAGUGCAGGCCCAGGGCUCUAACCAGAACAUUCAAGCAAACACAAAAGUAUUUUAGAAAGGUCAAUUUAGGCUACAUCCUUGAAUGGAUAAUCAAUUAUUCCAUUCUAAUCUAUCUCAGAAAGGUGAAUAUCCAUCCAAGGAAGUAAAAUCAAAUUGUAUUAUUUUUCAAGGAAUUUAGAUUUUUUCAGUCUUUAUGGCUGAUUCUGUAUUAACCAAAAGCUACAUGUUGUGCUGUCCUUCCCUCCUCUCUGCUCUGUGUCUUAAGUCUGCACCUUAUUUCCCAGUCAGUCUGUCAACCCCCUGACCCCCCUUGGCUCUGGUGCAUCAGGGAUUUGCAUAGGCCCAUGUCAGGUUCAAUCUUUUGAAAUGACUGACUGCUGAGCAGACUGUGCUUGUCUCCUCUCCUGAUUCACUGGGGAUUCACAGCCUCCGUGCUGGUUUUGUGUGUGUGUGUGUGUGUGUGUGUGUGUGUGUGUGUGUGUGUUAGGCUUGGGCGGUAUCCAGAUUGUCAUACCUUCAUAUCUUGUGCCAUCCUGAGCUAUUCUGUAAUACCAGCACUGAACACAAGGGGCGCUAUUUUCAAACCCCACUGAGCCUCUGUAAUCCGAAGGGUAGCAAUGUUAACAAGUACAUGUAAAAUCCCAUAGAGAAUGCUAACGAGCGCAUUGCGAACAUUUUAUACGUCCUCUGACUUACACUAUUUGCAGAACAGACAUCCCAGCUCAAAGUUAUACAAGUAACAAAAAAAUGCUACUCACAGUUUGCUGCACGCACAAAACAAAUAUUAGAUCCAGGAGGGGAUUCUCUGCUUUUACCAAGAGAAGCUUGAUUUUGGAAGAAGCUAACCAUUUAGCUAGAUAGCUAACUAGCUACUAAAUCAGCAAACCAAAAGCACAACUGCAUUUAGCACAUUUUACACUGUUAACUUAGUAGUUAUAAGACAUCUAGCUGGCUAACAUUUAGUUGUGAAUUCCAAACUGUAACUAGGUCACCUGGCGCAUUCUGCACAAGAGUGAGUAACUCUCAAGGCUCCGGUCUCUCGUCGUUGUGUGCUUGUAAACAAACACCACGUGACUGGGGACUACCGGUAAGCUUCAUAAUGAUAAAUUAUGUGACAGGUGAAAUUAAUAAUGCGAUCUUCUUUCUCUCCUAAUGUAUUGCACAAGUUAACUGCAGGUAUUUGCUUAAAAAUUAGCUACAAAUAUUCAAAUUUAUAAAAAUACUUCAAAUAAAUAGUAGCUCAGUUGGUAGAGCAUGGCGCUUGCAACGCCAGGGUUGUGGGUUCGUUUCCCACGGGGGGCCAGUAUGAAAAUGUAUGCACUCACUAACUGUAGGUCGCUCUGGAUAAGAGCGUCUGCUAAAUGACUGAAAUGUAAAUGUAUUGAAAAACCAUCCUGUGGCUAUUUCCAAAUACCCCGGGAUACGGUAUAUACGGUAUAUCACCCAAGCCUAGUGUUUGUGUGUUUUAAAACCUGGUUUGAUCUCAUUAGGAGUCACAGAGGGGGUCCCUGUCUGUUGUAGCCUCCUACUCUGUAUUUAUAACUAUAUGUAUGCAUCUGAAAUGGCACCCUAUGGCCCCCUAUUCCCUAUAUAGUGCUCUACUAUUGACCAGAGCCCUAUGGGCCGGGUCAAAAGCAGUCCAUUAUAUAGGGAAUAGGGGGCCAUUUUGGACUGACCCUAUCUCUUCAAAGAGCCAGGCGAGAUUAAUGACCUGCCCACCUCCCUGGAUCUUAACAGGCCAGAUGGGGGCACGAGUGAAUGGGGGUAAGAUUAGGCGAACACGUUGAACGUACCACGGGACAGGAGCAGCGAUUCAGCAAUUGUUUGAGUAGAUUUAAGUCUGUGAGGCCCCAGACCGUUUUUUCUAGGAGCUGUCUAAACAGUGAGAAUGGAUCUCCUCAAUAAUUUAUUUGGGUUGUAAAUGUCAGGGGUUCAUACUGCAGCUAUAUUGGUCCAAAUGUUUACACAAUCUCUGUGGGUCCAAUGGAAUAGAGUGGGCCAGGGUUCACUCUCUCUCUCAGCCCCAGCCUCCAUCAGCACCCAUCAGUGUGUGUGUGUGGUUAAUAGUUACUUUGCAUUGUAGCAGUGAUAUGAGUGGUAAGUCUCUGUCUGUCGGCUGUUCUCUCUGUCUGUUUUGUCUCUGUCCAAGGCCGUUUCCCAAAGAGGGGGAAGUUGGGAGGCGCGUCUCUCUACUCCUCCGCUGUCUGGAGCCAGAUCAGGUGACAUGGAACCUCCCCUUGUGGGGGAGAGAGAGGAGGAGGGGAUUGGGAGGUAGAGAGCGAAAGUGCAACAGAAGGAGGGAGAGCGAGCGAGCACGAGAGAAAGGGAGUGUAAGAAAGAGAGAGGGAGAGAGCGUGAGGGGCAGGUCUCGGCAGCGAGCCACAGAAUGUAAACAGAUUAUUAGAUUAGCAGCCAUGAGAAGCAGACGGCUGAGAAGCGGAACGAGCUCGGUACUUUCUCUCUCUGUGGGCUGUUAUGAAGGUUUCUGUUCUCUCUCUGUGACUUAAGCAGGAGGAGCUGCUGCCGCUGCGAACGGCGAAACCGGAGAGACUUCUCGCUGGACCGAGGAGGAGAUGGAGGUUGCCAAAAAAGGUAGCGUUAUCAUUUUAUUUCUCUAUCUACCGUUUCUCUCUCUCACCCCUCUCUCUUUCUAGUUUGAUCUCACUCUCCUCGUCAUUUGUAUUUGUAUUUAUUAUGGAUCCUGCCAAGGCAGUAGCUACUCUUCCUGGGGUCCAGCAAAAUUAAGGCAGUUAUACAAUUUUAAAAACAUUACAAUGCGUUGAUAACAGAUUUCACAACACAUUGUGUGCCCUCAGGCCACUACUCUACUACCACAUAUCUACAACACAAAAUCCAUGUGUACGUGUGUGUAUAGUGCGUAUGUUAUCGUAUGUGUGUGUAUGCAUGUGCCUGUGUCUCUUCACAGUCCCCGCUGUUCCAUAAGGUGUAUUUUUAUCAGUUUUUAAAAUCUAAUUUUACUGCUUGCAUGAGUUACAUGAUGUGGAAUAGAGUUCCAAGUAGUCAUGGCUCUAUGUAGUGCUCUGCACCCUCCAUAGUCUGUUCUGGACUUGGGGACUGUGAAGAGACUUCUGGUGGCAUGUCUUGUGGGGUAUGCAUGGGUGUCCGAGCUGUGUGCCAGUAGUUCAAACAGACUGCUCAGUGCAUUCAACAUGUCAAUACCUCUCACAAAUACAAGUUUGCUCCCACACAAACUGUCUCCUCUGACACUCUCCUGGCUGGGUGCAUAAAUGGUGGAGGUUUUUAGGGGGAAGCAGGGCGGAGUGGUUUGAGCGAGGAUGCUUUUUCUGGUAGCUAACUGCAGUGGCUCUGCUCUGUUUUGCGUGCCUCUCAAAACUGACCUAUUAGGGCCAAAGCAUGAAGUAACCAAGCGUGACAGUUUGAGUUUCCUCUAAAGAUCAAAUCUAUUAUUCACAAAAACACUUUGCCAGGCCUCUGGAUCUUGUAGGACUUCACCUUAAAACAUUUUUUAAAAUUUUUUAUCAUUUUUCUCUCCAAAAUAACUUAUUUUGAGAGGUGAGUGUUUCAUUUCAUGGAGUUGCUGACAGUGGACACACCAGCGUUUCUGCUUUCACCAGUUGCGUCACACACUCAGUCCAUGGGAGAUUGACCCCUAACCCCAACCCCCAUCGACCCAUAGCUACCUUCUAGCCAGGCCAGUACUCCUCCAUAUUUGUCAGUGUAGACUCUGGUGGACAGAGGGAGAAAAAGGGAGAGGGCGAGACUGAUGUCGAGUUUCCAUCUGAGAUUUAUCCUGGUGUUUUACCCAAAAGGCUCAGACUUUUCUGUUUCCAUCUACGUGGACUGGCACCCGUGUCUCACUGGGUCAUGUCUCCGGCGGACCUGCUCUGACCAGGCCACUGGUACUUUUCAGCUGUUAUUUACAUAAUAAUGGAAAACUGUGAACUUUAGCACCUUCUCACAAAGUAACAGUCUUGAUAAUGUAGAGGUUGUUGAUUCUGCUCGCCCCAAGUCUUUAGUGUCACACUCCUGAUGGAGAAACAAUAACACUAGAGCUUACAUUAAUAUAAAUCACUGGCAAUACUUUGGUGUGGGGUAAGUCUUAAGUGGAAGUGCAGCAUGAGAGGCCCAAUGGGGAUAAGCUCAUUGGACUGGGGAGAGUAAAUAGAAGGAUUGAUGGGGAUUAAUUAAGGCUCUCUUGGGUGGGUUUGAGGAUUUGGUCAUUCCUCCCCAACCCAUGUACAUGUUCGCUUUCUCCCGUACAUACACUUCAGUUGACAAACCUAGCCUAUAUAUUACCUCUGCUCUGCUGUGUUUCUGUAUUUAUGUAUCGCAGAUGCCAGAUACAGUAUUAUGCUUUGCCAUUGGUAUCAUAUUUGGUUGGUCAUACAUUCACAGCCAAAAGUGAAUCACUGUGAUCUUACAGUAACUAGGGCUGUUAAUUUAGAAUAGUCUGGUUGAAUUAACAGGGUCUAUCAGAGAUGCCACUAUCAUACCCAAGGUCUUAAAUCUGGAGCUCUUCCAGACCAGACAGUACAGAGGGGGAGUUUCUAAAAGCUGACACGUUUGAAAGGAGCACCCCCCCCCCCCCCCCCCCUUUUAAUUAACAGAGUAGCAGCAGUGUAAAAAGAUGGGGUGGGGGUGGAGGGGCAGUGCAAGUAGUCCGGGUAGCCAUGAUUAGCUGUCCAGGAGUCUUAUGGCUUGGGGGUAGAAGCUGUUGAGAAGCCUUUUGGACCUAGACUUGGCGCUCCGGUACCGCUUGCCGUGCGGUAGCAGAGAGAACAGUCUGACUAGGGGGGCUGGAGUCUUUGACAAUUUUGAGGGCCUUCCUCUGACACUGCCUGGUAUAGAGGUCCUGGAUGGCAGGAAGCUUGGCCCCAGUGAUGUACUGAGCCGUACGCACUACCCUCUGUAGUGCCUUGCGGUCGGAGGCCGAGCAGUUGCCAUACCAGGCGGUGAUGCAACCAGUCAGGAUGCUCUCGAUGGUGCAGCUGUAGAACUUUUUGAGGAUCUGAGGACCCAUGCCAAAUCUUUUCAGUCUCCUGAGGGGGAAUAGGCUUUGUCGUGCCCUCUUCACGACAGUCUUGGUGUGUUUUGACCAUGAUAGUUCGUUGGUGAUGUGGACACCAAGGAACUUGAAGCUCUCAACCUGUUCCACUACAGCCCUGUCGAUGAGAAUGGAGGCAUCCUCAGUCCAUAAUCAUCUCCUUUGUCUUGAUCACGUUGAGGGAGAGGUUGUUAUCCUGGCACCACACGGCCAGGUCUCUGACCACCUCCCUAUAGGCUGUCUCAUCGUUGUCGGGGAUCAGGCCUACCACUGUUGUGUCGUCAGCAAACUUAAUGAUGGUGUUGGAGUCGUGCCUGGCCAUGCAGUCAUGGGUGAACAGGGAGUACAGGAGGGGACUGAGCACGCACCCCUGAGGGGACCCCGUGUUGAGGAUCAGCGUGGCAGAUGUGUUGUUACCUACCCUUACCACCUGGGGGAGGCCCGUCAGGAAGUCCAGGAUCCAGUUGCAGAGGGAGAUGUUUAGUCCCAGGAUCCUUAGCUUAGUGAUGAGCUUUGAGGGCACUAUGGUGUUGAACGCUGAGCUGUAGUCAAUGAAUAGCAUUCUCACGUAGGUGUUCCUCUUGUCCAGGUGGGAAAGGGCAGUGUGGAGUGCAAUAGAGAUUGCAUCAUCUGUGGAUCUGUGUGGAUCUGUUGGGGCGGAAGCAAAUUUGAGUGGGUCUAGGGUUUCUGCGAUAAUGGUGUUGACGUGAGCCAUGACCAGCCUUUUAAAGCACUUCAUGGCUACAGACGUCAGUGCUACGGGUCGGUAGUCAUUUAGGCAAGUUAUCUUAGUGUCCUUGGGCACGGGGACUAUGGUGGUCUGCUUGAAACAUGUUGGUAUUACAGCCUCAGUCAGGGACAUGUUGAAAAUGUCAGUGAAGACACUUGCCAGUUGGUCACCACAUGCUCGGAGUACACGUCCUGGUAAUCCAUCUGGCCCUGCGGCCUUGUGAAUGUUGACCUGCUUAAAAGUCUUAUUCACAUCGGCUACGGAGAGCGUGAUCACAUAGUCAUCCGGAACAGCUGGUGCUCUCAUGCAUGCUUCAGUGUUGCUUCCCUCUAAGCGAGCAGAGAAGAUGUUUAGCUCGUCUGGUAGGCUUGUGUCACUGGGCAGCUCGCGGCUGUGCUUCCCUUUGUAGUUUUCAAGCCCUGACACAUCCGACGCGCGUCAGAGCCGGUGUAGUACAAUUCAAUCUUAGUCCUGUAUUGACUCUUUGCCUGUUUGAUGGUUCGUCAUAUGGCAUAGCGGGAUUUCUUAUAAGCAUCCGGGUUAGAGUCCCGCUCCUUGAAAGCGGCAGCUCUACCCUUUAGCUCAGUGCGGAUGUUGCCUGUAAUCCAUGGCUUCUGGUUGGGGUAUGUACAUACGGUCACUGUGGGGACGACGUCAUCGAUGCACUUAUUGAUGAAGCCAGUGACUGAUGUGGUGUACUCCUCAAUGCUAUCUGAAGAAUCCCGGAACAUGUUCCAGUCUGUGCUAGCAAAACAGUCCUGUAGCUUAGCAUCUGCUUCAUCUGACCACUUUUUUAUUAACCGAGUCACUGGUGCUUCCUGCUUUAGUUUUUGCUUAUAAGCAGGAAUCAGGAGGAUAGAGUUAUGGUCAGACUUGCCAAAUGGAGGGCGAGGGAGAGCUUUGUAUGCGUCUCUGUGUGUGGAGUAAAGGUGGUCUAGAGUUUUUUUUCCUCUGGUUGCACAUUUUUAACAUGCUGGUAGAAAUGAGGUAGAACGGAUUUAAGUUUCCCUGCAUUAAAGUCCCCGGCCACUAGGAGCGCUACCUCUGGAUGAGCGUUUUCCUGUUUAGUUAUGGCCUUAUACAGCUCAUUGAGUGCAAUCUUAAUGCCAUCAUUGGUUUGUGGUGGUAAAUAGACAGCCAUGAAAAAUAUAGAUAAAAACUCUCUUGGUAAAUAGUGUGGUCUACAGCUUAUCAUAUGAUACUCUACCUCAGGCGAGCAAAACCUCAAGACUUCCUUAGUAUUUGGUUUGGUGCACCAACUGUUGUUUACAAAUAUACACAAACCACCACCCCUUUUCUUACCGGAGUCAGCCGUUCUAUCCUGCCUAUGUAGCGUAUAUCCCAUCAGCUGUAUGUGUCCAUGUCGUCGUUCAGCCACGACUUGGUGAAACAUAAGAUAUUACAGUUUUUAAUGUCCCGUUGGUAGGAUAACCGUAAUAUUAGGUCAUCUAAUUUAUUUUCAAAUUAUUGAACAUUGGCUAAUAGGAUUGAUGGAAGAGGCAGUUUACUCGCUCGCCGUCGGAUCCUUACAAGGCACCCCGACCUAUGUCCACGAUAUCUCUCUCUUUCUCCUGCGAAUGACGGGGAUUUGGGCCUUGUCGGGUGUCUGUAGGAGAUCCUUCGCGUCCAACUCGUUGAAGAAAAAUUAUUCGUCCAAUACGAGGUGAGUAAUCGCUGUCCUGAUAUCCAGAAGCUCUUUUUGGUUAUAAGAGAUGAUGGCAGAAACAUUAUGUACUGAAUAAAUUACAAAUAACGCGAAAAAACACACACAAUAGUACAAUUGGUUAGAGGGCUGUAAUUCGGCAGCCAUCUUCUCCGGCGCCAUUAAUGUGAGGAGGGGGAUGGGUGAUUUUAUUUUGGUUUGUGGUAGGCCUCAUGAUGAAUAUUAGGGAUCAGUCUGUCUGAAACCCGAAUUAAGUCAUACACAAUUUAAUUCAUACAUAUCCCCCAAUAAAUGUACUUCUUUUAACUUUUAGGAAAGACCCUGAUAUGAUUACUUCUAUUAACCUAAGAGAUGAGUGAAUACAUCAUUCACAGUAUUCACACGUUUUCAAAUAAAAUCAACAUUUAUUUAUCACGUGCUUCGUAAACAACAUGUGUAGACUAACAAUGACAUGCGCUUCCCAACAAUGCAGAGAGGGGGAAAAUAUACAUAGUAGAACAAAUAGCAAAAAACAUUGAAAAAUAAUAACACGAGGAAUAAAUAAACUAUGAGUAACUUGGCUAUAUACACGAGGUAACAGUACAGAGUCGAUGUGCAGGGGUACGAGGUAAUUGAGGUAGAUAUGUACAUAUAGGUAGGGAUAAAGUGACUAGGCAACGGGAUAGAUAAUAAACUGUAACAACAGCGUAUGUGAUGAGUCAAAAGUGCAAAAAGGGUCAAUGCAGAUAUUCCGAGUAGCUAUUGGUUAACUAUUUAACGAACUAUUUAGCAGUCUUAUUGCUUGGGGCUAGAAGCUCUUCAGGGUUCUGUUGGUUCCAGAUUUGGUGCAUCGGUACUGCUUGCCGUGUGGUAGCAGAGAGAACAGUUUGACUUUGGUGGCUGGAGUCUUUGACAAUUUCUGGGGAGAAUGGAUAAUGCCCAUGUUGUAUGUGGCCAGUCACUAAAUAGGGCAACUGGACCACCAUUAUCAUUUUGAAGUGAUUACUACUACUAAAAAAAAUAUCUAAUCAUAAUACUGUAUUACAGUCCAAGAGCCUGAAAUCCUCCUCACCCGAAGUCUCUUGUAAACAAGUGACUCAAAACGUGACGCUAAAUGUUCUGUCCCGUUUCCUCUGUCUUCUCAUUAAUUCAGAUGGUGUUGUAAUGGGCCUUUGUCCUAUUCUGGGCUCCAGUCUGAGGUGAUUUGUCAAAGUGCCAGUGUCCUUUAGCUCAGAAAUGCAGUGGAGGGAGGGAGGGUGAAGAGACACCCUAAUUUCAAAGGUAAUCGGCUGUCCACUGCACCUCUCUGUAAGCGUGGUCUGUCUUUCUUAAACAGUUUAUUGAGACUCCAUUAAACCUAAUUGUUGGAUUAGAUAAGUACUGUUGGCCUGCAGGGUUUUACCAGGUGAGGUGGUGUGAAUCUGUAGUAGGUUAAUAUUCAAUGAAUAGGCUUAAUCUGGGCCUGUUUUAGGUUCCGAUCCCAACCCAGUCUCCCUCCCUCUCCUCUGCCAGGGCUUGUCGAGCAUGGGCGUAACUGGCCAGCCAUUGCCAAGAUGGUGGGCACCAAGAGCGAGGCUCAGUGCAAGAACUUCUACUUCAACUACAAGAGACGGCACAACCUGGACAACCUGCUCCAGCAACACAAGCAGGUACAGCAACACUCAACACGAUUGUGUUCAUAUGGGCACACAAAAAAUGAAAUUAAAAUACAAUGGCAAUAAAAGAGCUUACCUUAUCGUCCAAGGAGUCCCUCCCGGUUUCAGUUUGUUUUCUUCAGUUUAGUGCCUAAUGAAUACACCCCUGUUCAGGUACAAUGUGAAGAGGUUUUAUUUCUGUAACGUCUAUCAGAACAUGUAUGUCUGUCACUGUCUUUAAACUAUCUUUAAGGUAUUUUCUGUAUUAACCAGAGGAGCAGUGAAGUUGUAGUCUGUUCUAUAACCUGUGUUUGUUCAGGACACACGGCGGGCGCGGGGUGAUCGAGACCCGUCGCAGAGCGAGAGCAUGGCCUCAGCUGACGACGACGAAAACCCAGAGGAAAGCGAUGGUCAGUCAGAGAGAUGACACACCCACACCAGAGUCGCACACCAUCCAUCUGUUUAUCCAAACUCACAUUCAGACACACUUACACUGUCUGCACAGCCCAAAACACAAACACAACCAUUGUUAAGAAUUUUUUUUGAUUAUUAUUUAUUUACUUUUGAUCUGAGUGAAUGUACGAUGUAGUAGUGAGUGUGUGUGAAUGAGCGAGAGAGAGAGAGAGAGAGAGAAAGACACUGGGAGUUAGAGAAACGCCUCUAUAGAAGAGUGAAGAGAACUGUAAGAGUGAGUCCACUUCAGAAAGAACCUCUUGAACUGUCUGUCUUGUGAAAAUUUGAUUUGAAUGAAUGGCGAAGGAGCCCCAGUAAUUUCUCUAUACUGUCUAUAGUUUUAAUGAGAGAGAAAAAAGGGAUCAAAUGUAAAGGGAGAAGGCGGGGGGGAAAGCGAGAGAUAAAAGAUGUGAACUAAUUCUGACUGCUGGGCCUGGGUUAUGUAACUGUUCCUUGGCUUUGAAGAGUCAAGAAAGCAUUCUGCAUGGAAUGCUGAGUGCUGCUCCACUCGUUUGAUCCACAGGGCCUCCCCGUCUCUCUCUUUCUCCCCUUUGCUCUCUCCCGCUCUCUCUCCUCCUAUCCCCCUCUCUGUCCUCCACUCCAUCUCUCCCCAACUCUCUGCUCUCUUCCCAUCACUCCGUCUCUUUCUCCCUCUCCUCUGCAUCUCUUCACUCCCCCAUCACUCUCCCUCUCCACUUGCCGUCUUCUCUCUCAAUCUUGCUCUUGCUCUCACUCUCUCCACUCUUUAAAGUUCUAAAAUGCUGUCGGAACAGGGCAGAAAGGGCCUGUUUUGAAUAUUCAACUCCCUUGCCCUACAAUGCUCUGCCACGUAUGGGGAUGGGUUAAUGGAUGUGAGUCCAGAUUAAGUCUGGGACCUUUCCAUUUCAUCCUGGCCCUAAAUGUCCUCAUGAAUUCAAUGUCUCCCUGGGUUUGUCACAGACCGAUCACUCACUGUCUGUCACUCUUGGCCAUCUCUCUCUCUCUCUCUCUCCCUCUCUGCUCCCCUUCUCACCCUCUAUCUCUCUAUUUCUCUAUUUUGGAGUGGAGCCCCAAUCUCCCUCCAGCUUUUGGCUGUGGUAAAGUAAAGUGGCUGAGGUGAAGCAAAUCGGUUUAGGGUUGAGCCUCUCACCUGACCGGGAGGAGGGAGGUAGUAGAGGCUUUCCCGUACUCUUGCAGCCUGCUAGUCUCUCUGUGCCUGUCUCUCUCUCUCCCUCCCACUGCCUCUCUGCCCCUCCUGAUGACAACCAACUACGAUCCGGUAGUUGAAAAGUUGUCGGGACUACAGGAGGUCACUAUAUCAUGUGUUGUUUUUGAAGCUCUUAUUGACUCCCAAGGAAACCCAAAUCUGUCCUCAAGGUCUUAGUUGGUUGGUGUAACUGCCUGCUGACUGCAGAGUGUCACGUGAUUGAGCAUUGCCAGUAAUGCUGCUGGGAGGGCAAUGUUCAGUGUUCUUAAAACCCUGCUUCUGUCUGAGGGGACACAUUUUGAUUAGUUUUUUUUGGUCACCUUAUCUGGACAGAAUCUUUGGCGUUUGAUUUGAUUCAGUUUGACCUCUGUGUCAGAUUUAUCUUGGCAUCGACAUAUGCUUUAUUUUAUUAUUUUCAUUAUUCAAGGUUCAGGUUUCUUCUCUCCAUGGCAACAGUGCCAGACACAGGCAACAUUGCAUGCAUCAUUGGUUUUAUGGUUUGCAGCAUAUUUAUGCAUUUUAUGUGGUCUGUGUUUUUAUCUAUACUGCAUAUUUUUAUCCAUAACAUUUCUAUCUGCAUUGAUCAGUAUGUGUCCCUCUCCCCAGGGUCAGUUCCUAUGUAUGCCAUGCAGAGGGAUUUGAGUGCGUCUCACCCAUGUCUUCUCCUGUUCUGUGUGCCCUUACAGGUGGAGAGAAUAGCUCAGACACAGAGAGCGCCCCGUCCCCGUCCCAGGCGGACCCCUCCAAGGCCGGAGGGGAUUCCCAGAGGGGAGACAGAGCUGGAGGGUCAGAGAACCAGCGGUCUGACCAGGACAAGGGCCAGGCUAGCAAUGGGAGGGUCCAGGAGCUGCCCUACGGGGAGCUGAGGGUCAAGCUGGAGAAGAGCCCCGAGGUAGAGGCCAGAGAGCCUGGCUAUCAGGAGGACGGGGAGAGGGCCCAGGUGGCCUACGAGGGCCAUGGGCACCCCAAGAGCGAGCCCCAGGACGUGGACAUGAAGCCUGGGGGUGCUGGGGCCGGGGAGGUGCAGGUGAAGGUAGAGCCUGACUCUGCCAAGGAGAAGGGGGACAAGGGGGAGCAUGAGAGGCAGAGGGAGGGGCACCACUCGGACAACGACUCCAGCGCCACCUGCAGCGCGGACGAGGAUGUAGACGCUGAGCCCGAGAGACAGAGGUGGGUCAGGCUGGUGAUCACAGGGAUGGGAUUAAGGCCACUUGAUUUUAAAAACUAAGCUAUUUGGGUGACGCUAAUGAUCACUCAGCUGUUGAUACUAUCAGUAUAGGAGAUCAGAUGAGGGCAAAAUGUACUUGGAUUAAUUAUUAAGGUGGUAAAUGGUUGAUAUUAUUAGUGGUAAUUGAAUCGUUCCAUACAGGACUCCUUUAUCGUAACUCCUGUGACCAUUACCUCAACUCUUUCUGACCAGUGUGUCUCACCGUUCCUCUGCUGUCUCCCCCUCUCUCCUGUGACCUCGUUGCUCAGCCCUCCUGGCUCAGUGCUGAUGUCCACGGCCAAGCAGGCCCACCUCAACAUGCAGCAGCUCCAGCAGCGCGCCGCUACCAUCCCGCCCAUGGUCAGUCACUAUAGCAACCCACACUUUUCUAUGAUCAGAUAUGCCCAUUCGGAGAGGCAGGCACACGGAGGCAGGCAGCAGGGGGAAAGCAUGUCUUAUUUAGACCAACCUCCCUGUCAAGUGAGUCCAUCAUCCCCUGCACUUUUCCAACCAACCUGUCAAUCAAUCAAUUCUUACCAAUCAUUAAUUUUCUGUCAUUGAAAUGUUCAAUCAAUCAGUUGAUCAAUGUGUCAGCAUGGAUCUAAAUCAAUCAAAUUGUGCCCAUCUGUUGUGUAAUCUAAUCAUGCUAAUGUGCUGACACUGUCAAAUUGUUUUCUGAUGUCAAUUUAUUUCCCUCCAAUGACCUCUUCUAUGGUGCUUCUGUCUCUCUAUUUCUUAUGGAAUGAGAUCAGACAAACUGGAUCGUUUAAGCAGUGGGGCCGAGAUUUGCGUGCAAAACACGAACACUAUCUAAUCUGACAGCUGUUUAGCUAAUUUCUUUACAUUUCAUUCAUCCAAUAAGGUCCAUUAUCUGUUCUCUGGGAUGGUUUAAAGAGAUGCGCUAGUACUAUUCUUAGUACUAUUAGAGGGCAAUGCAUCAGCCGCUCGCUUCACUGGUACAGAGCUUGUGUGUCCCCCCAGUCUUCCUCACAUGGGCAUCUCUCCUCGCCCCCUUCCUGUAGGUGGGGCCUUUCGGCCCUGGCGGAAUGCCCAUAGGAGCACCCCUCAGCGGUUUCGCCAUGUUCCAGCACCAGAUCACGGCUGUGCACGAGUCGGCCCACGCUGAGGAGAAACAGAGGCAGGACCAGGCUGACCCCGAGCGCAGCAGACAACCCCCCAACUGCCCCGGCUUCACCACCCACAGCCCCACCAUACUGGACAGGGAGGGUAAGAGAGAGUACACACAAACACAUACACGCCUACACACACACCGAUAUCCUCCCUCUGAGCCCUUACCUACCUGAGCCUCUCAACCAACAGCAGCCUAUUUGUAGCCAAUGCAUUUAUUCUGUCCCGUUCGCUGUAGUUCACCGUCAAAAAAGGAAAUAUGAGAGGAGAGAGAGAGCAGGUUCAGACUGCCACUCUAAAAUGUCUCUGAGCCAGAACAAGAUGUUAGCUGACCCCAUUUUACCUGUGAUGCGAACAUCAAAACCUGAAGCCUCUGAUGGGGAAGGCUUGUUUUUCCUGAAAUGCCUCUGGGGGAAGAGAGGGAUUCUGCUGUCAACUUUUGAAGGAGCAUGUCUUGACUGUGUCAGAGCAGGACACAGUCAGUGCCUCCCAGGCAAACCGACAGAGAAGGGGUCCUAUUUUUAACAGCAGGAGAGUCAUUCAGCCACAAAGGUCACAUCACCCUAGCCUGUUUCGGAGUCUGAAUGGUGAAAGAGGGAAAGUGUGUGAUUAGACACCCAAGCUAAAAAGGUUUUCGGAUAGUCUCGUAAUACCAUAUUUGAAGAAGCCUGCAAAAUCUAAGUUCGUGUUGGUGCAGUAAAGCAGGCUGAGGUUGUUUUGUGAAAACUGCGAAUUCAUGCCAAGAUGCUUCUCAAUAAUUUUUUGUUGAUUUUGGAAUGUAUAAUCAAAAUCAACAGCAUGUGUCCUCAGAUAACUGAUGAAUUUCCUUUAAUUGUGUUUCAUCUUCUGAUUCUUUGUCUAUUUGUGUGUGUAAUUUAUCUUGUGGCAGUGUUUUCAUUCAUGUGUCUCUGUUCUGUGUUGUGUUCUCCAGGUAAGCCCUUCCCCUACAUGCCUUAUGAUAUGAAGAUGGCUCUGGAGCAGGAGGCCCAGUCUGGUCGGCCAGGCUCUCCCUACAGGCUCUCUCCCAGGGACAUGAGCAAGGCCUCUCCUCAGCCCAACGACCCCAAUGCCUCCCGCUACAGCGUGCCUCCAGGUGACCGCCCUCUGCUCUAUCCUCCCCCAUCUGGCCUCCUCUCUACCAUUCACAUAGCCUGGUCCCAUACUGUUUGUGCUGUAGCCAACUCUUCUUCCGUUGGCUAAAGCUCGUACAGAACAGUUGGCCUUAUUUUUUUCCACCCCACCCCCUACUCUUUCCCCUUUAUCUCUGUGAGUAGAUUAAGCUGCAUUGUAGCUGGCCUUGAGCAUCUAUCUGUCCCUAUCAUGAAUUAAUAUUAACAUUACACACACAGCCUGGCUGCAGUAAGCUUUAUCAGUAUUUCAUUAUGGAGUAGCUUGUUUUCUUAUCUCUCGGUGUGAGCUGCAAGGGUGCUGACAUCUGUGCCUUCUGUAGGAACUCCCCCAGACAAAUUAGCAUUUUUGAUUUAGUAAAGUGCAGGGGCAUGGAGGCCAGGCGUGCGGCGGGGCGGAAGGGAGCGGGAGUUGCUUCCUCAAGGAAGGUCACUCCUGGUCACCGUGACUCACUAACAGGAUAAAACACAGACCGACAUCUCUCCCUGAGGCCCCGAGGCAGCUCCUACAGAUGUCUAGGCCUGCCCCAGCAUUUUAACUCUAGCUACCAAACUCACUUCACUGUUCGCUUCAGUCUGGGAAAUCUGUGGGGGCAGGCUUAAACAUCUGUGGGAGCAGCCUCAGGGCAAAUCAAUAUUUGAUCAUCGUGCACUCAUAGAUGGGAGAUGGGCUGCUGGUGGAGCCUUUUGUUAAGACUAAUUAAUGAUUCACUGGCUGAGAAUGAGAAACAAUUUGGGCUGAAUUGAGUUGCAAAUUGAAGGAAAUGGCACCCCCAAAAACAAUAUCCAUACUGGACAUCAAUUGAGUUUCUUUUUUCCUGAGGUGUUUUUGGUGCAAUAGUGCAGAUACUUUUCAGUGCCUCUGGAUUCUCUAUUCUUGCCACACAUUUGUUGUGUGUUUUCUCUUUCCUUACUUACCCUAUCCUGGACAAGUCUCAUGCUAAAUGACCAUAUUAUUGAGGGUGUCACUUUCUAACUUUGGCUGUUUUUCUUUCCUCUCCCAGUGCUCCACCCAGCUCCCAACCAGGUGGUCCAGAGCCUGCCCGAUGGAGUCCGUGUGACUUUCUCUAGACACAGCCGUCCCGCCAACAUUCCAUCUCCUCCGCCGCUCAUUCCAACCUCCAAACCCACAGACAAGCCUUCCUUUAUCCAGGGUGGCUCCAUCUCACAGGUAAGACCCUAUCCAUCAGGUGAGGGCUCAGGUCCAGCCAGCCCCCUGGUAAGACCCACACAGGUGUAGCUGGACAGGGCCGUUUCUAGCAUUUUGAGGGCCCUAGCAGUCCCAUGUGCAGCCUUUCCCAAGCUAGGGGUCGCGACCUAAUGUGGGGUCGCCUGAUUUGAAAAUGGGGUCGUGAGAGAAACUCUGAAAUACAUUUUAAAUGCACUUGUUUCAUAGAACUGGGCGGUUUCUGUUUUCUUCCUACAGAUGUGACUCUAUCAUUUGAACGGUUUAUGCUACAAAAUAUAAUGACCCCAUCACCGAAAGAUAAGACUCUCAGGAACACGUAUGGGUCUUCUGUUUCCCUCUACAAUGCAACAAGCCUCAUUAGAACAGAGUAGUCAUGAGGAGGCACUAAAUCAGAGUGUGGGAAUAAGAACAUCAAUGAUGAUGUUCUUUUCUACGCAGAAGAUCAUACAACAUUAUUGCCUGAUGAUCUUCUGAACUUCCCAAUACCUUUCUGAUGCAUUUCAGUCACUUGAAACUAAACUGUCUUCAGAUUGGAAAAACUGCCAAAACUACUGUCAGACUGAUUUGUAAUAUAAUGUCAUAGCCCCAAUUAAAAAAGUAAGCAUUGGCUGUUGAUAACAGUUUUUCGGCACCAUUCUCUCUUUCUCGUUGUCAUAAUAUAACAGUAUUUGUUGUGUGAUAAUGAUUUACUAAGAAACCGAUAAGGGUAUUUGCCUUUGUAGCACACGGUAGUCUGUUUUUCUAACUGUUACUAGCCAAUAUGCCAAAGGGGAAACUUUGGUACAUGUCACUUGGAUCCACCUUUAUUUGUGGACAUUGCACCUUCCCUGUAUUUCCCUGCUGUAUAAUUCCAGACAAGUUUCAAGGUUUUUCAGAAAUCUCAGUUAACCAACUGGAAUUUUGCAACCCUGACCUGAUUCUGACCUGUCUGUUCCGGCCAUUUCAGGGGACUCCUGGUACGUACCUGCCGUCUCACGCGGUCUACGGUGGCCCAGAGGGGGCAAAGAGCUCUGUGGGCUCCAUAUCCCUGGGCCUGCCCAGGCAGCAGGACCCCCCCAAGCCUGGUAUGACAAGCCAGUCUGGACAACACACACACCCUACCCACAUUCCAAUUACUAAACUAGCAUACUACUUACAAUAAAUGCCCAAUACAUGUCUUCUUACUAAGUGGUAUGCUAGUGUGGAUAAUGGAACAUAGCCCUGCUGUCUAUCAUCAUCUCCUUUCCUCUCACUGCUAUUAGAUUGGCAUGAGAGAGAGCCAUAUUGUCAAAGUUUGAUCUCAUUCAGACCUGAUGUGACAGUCCCAAAUGUCCCACUUCCCUUCCCUAAUUGUCCCCUGUUCAUUCCCUCCAUCUCCCUCCCUUCCUCUCCCUAGUGACCUACAUUAAGCAGGAGGAGUGUUCUCCGCGUGGCCAGUCUGAGGGCCUCCUCUCUCGGACGCAGUAUGAGGGGGUAGUCAGAGGUGCGUGUCUGUCAGUAUGUCCAUCUCACAACCUUUCCAUCUGUGUGUCAACCUGUCUGUCCUUGCCUUCUGUGUGUUUCCCCUUUCACCGUGGUAAAGUGUGUGAGUAUGUCACUCACCACACCGGUGCUGAUUCCAACAGUGAAUACUCAGAAACCACACCUGUUCAAAUAAUAUAUGAAAUCUUUCAAAUACUCAGUGUUUGCCUGCCUGGAGUGGCAGAUGGGUGGGAUUUGCAUUUCUGGGACAAAAUAUUUCAAAUACUAUUUGAACUCAGGUCUGUGAGACAUUUAGAGAAAAAUAGCAUUAUCGCAGGCUGAGAGAGAAAAUAGAAGAAUGAAGUGGAUGAGUCUGGCCCUGACCUCCACCCUACCUCCCUCUGUUUGCACAGACCUGACAGAAUGUGGCAUGCUGGUGAGGGAGGGAGGGAGAGAGAGGGAAUGGGCCUUCACAAGCCCAAGUUCAACGAGCACCUCCUCUCACCAGCAGUCCUCCUCACACCUUCUUCUACAACUGACCUCUGAGAUGACAUGGGGGUGUGGUGUGGAAACCUCAGUCUCCCUCUUUCAGGCUUCAGCCAAUUGCUCUACUUUUCUCCCUGAAGUGUGCAUUUGUUCACUCCCCCUCAAAGAUUUAAAAACAUUACAUUAGUGUAGCCAGAGUGUACCAUAUUUCUUACACCACUUAUUUUAAAAGUACACAGUUCAGGGAGAAUGAGGGAAAAUUGGAAUUGGGCUUGAGUGAUUCUGACCAGGAAUAUAAUGCGAACAACUGUACAGCCCUCAUGUAUCCAUGCAUACCAACCUCUCUCUCUCUCUCUCAAUCUCUGUCUCUGUCUCUCUGUGUGUUGUCUUCCUUCUAGGAGGCCCAAUGGAUGGGGGUAUCAGCAGAGGAAACCCAGCCAGAGGAUCAAUCACACAGGUAUUAGAAUGACAUUAACAUUGUUAAACCAGUCUGCGUAUCCAAGCACCACCCUGUCUAUGGACAUCUUAUAGAACAACUUAGUUUAUGAUUAUGUAUAUCUGUGUGUAUACUAUGAAGUAGUCUAAUAUUCUUGGAGCAAAUUUCUUCGAAAUGAAAAAUGUAACAUUUUUAAAAUAGUUGAGUUUCUGGUUGCUGAUCUUCUCCCUCUCUCUGGACCUAUUUCUCUCUCCUUAUCCCUUUCUCUCUCUCGCUCUCCCUUUCUUCUGUGUGACCAGGGCACGCCAGCCCUGUCCGGGUCCAGCAUUGCGGCUGACCUGCUGAAGGGUACCAUCACCAAGCUGCCCACGGAGGACCUGAGCAGCCCAGAGAAGGCUCGGGAACAGCUGGCCAAGGGACACGUCAUCUACGAAGGCAAGAGUGGACACAUCCUCUCCUACGACGGUAAGGCUAAGUUCUGUUAGUGGUCACUCUGACUUGAUCCUCUUGUAAAUCUGUAAUUAAUCUCCUGUCUCCGUAGCCAUUAAGAACCCAAGAGAGGCCACGCGUAGCCCCAGGACAGGCCAUGAGCUCAAACGCUCCUACGAUAUGAUGGAGGUCGCCAGAGGCCACCCCGGGAGAGAAGGAGCUCCCUUCGAAGGUAAGGCGUGUGUGUGUGUGUGUGAGAGUUUUUUUUUUCUUCUACCCUCAUCUCUGUGCAUAUAUUCAGGCCACUGUGUGAGAGUGACUGACUGUGUGUGUUUGUCAGGGUUGAUCAGCCGAGCCCUGCCCAGAGACAGUCCCCACGGGGAGUCUAAAGAGAGGCCCAUGAUGGCUGGAUCCAUCAUGCAAGGUAAUUAAGUUAUCAGGUGUCAUCACAGCUCCAAAGCUCAGAUGUACUGGGGCAUGAGCCAGAACGUGGCAGUUCAGAGAAUUACAAUGCAGACAAAUGUAUGUAAAUCAGUAAAUUGAAAACAGCUAAUUAAAUUAAAUUCAGCAGAUAUGAUUUUUACUAUGUAAAUGUAACCCACAUUAAAGCUGAAAUCUGAAAUGGCACCACUGUUCGCCCCCCCAGUGCAUUUUUUGUUUUGUUGAUGAAACAGAGGAACAAUGCUGUUCAAUCGCAUGUGCAAUGAUGUCCGAGGGAAAUAAAAUGUGUUUGUUGUUUGAAGUAACUUCUUUGUUGUUAUAUCGUGUCAUUUUCACCAAGUACAGAUUCCAGCUUUAAGCCAAGUUUCAAAUUCAUUUGUGUUUUUCUCUUCCCACUCCAGGUACACCCAGAACCUCUGCAGAGGCCUAUGAGGAGAGCAUGAAGUACAGCAAGCAGAUAAAGAGGGAGAGCCCACCCAUCCGCUCCUUUGAGGGGGGGAUAGGUAAGGGUAAGCCCUACGAGGGGGUGAACACCAUUAAGGAGAUGGGCCGCUCCAUCCACGAGAUCCCCCGCCAGGAGCAGCCUGGACAGGACCCCCGCAAGACCCCCGACAUGGCUGGCAACAUCCGAGCCUCCAUGGAGGGCUCCAUAUCCCAGGUGCGUGUUUGUGAGGGAGAGGGAGCACAUUGGUGUGUGUGUGACAGUGUGUGUUAUUAGCUUGAUUUGACUGAGUUCAUCCACUCAGUCUGUCUGUUCUCACCAGCAGACACUCUAAUUCCUCCUCUCCUUUCUCUACCAGGGCCAUCCUCUGAGCCAGUCGGCCAUCAAGCACAACGUCAAGUCCCUGAUCACCAGUCCCAGUAGGCUGUCCCACGGCCACACCAUGCCCCCGCUGGAGGCCAUGGAGCGAGCCAAGUAUGAGGAGAGCAAGGCGGCGGCGGAGCAGCGGGCGCGCCACACCUCUGUGGUCAACUCAGCCACCUCCGUCCUGCGUUCCACCCACCAGGAGCAAGGAAAGUCCCAGCUCAGCCCGGGCAUGUACCAAGAUGCCGACGCCCGCAGGACCCCGGUCAACUACAGCACUAGCUCCAUGUCCAGAGGCUCACCAAUGCUGGGCCGAGGACAGGAGGGUACGUCUUGUCUGACCCAUCCCUCUCUUAGUCUUCACUUUCAAUGCAGAUGUAUCCUGUCAGCUGUAUCUGACUGCACCAUGUAGUUUCACUGUACAGCAAUUAUUCACAAGCAAUGAUGGGGCCAUCAUUACAAUUUGCCGACAUUGAAAGUGUUGAACACAUUUUUGUAUUAGAUAUUCAUUUUUACUGUACUAUAUAUAAACCAAGUUUAUUGUGACUUUGUAUUGAUGAAACCCAUUUGUAAUUGUGAUAAUUUCUCCCCUAUCCAGGCUCUGGGAAGCCUGCGUCCCACGACAGGAAGAGUGCCAUGACCCCUACUCAGAGGGACAGUGUUCCAGCCAAGUCCCCUGUGUCAGGGGGUGACCCCAACCACCCUAUGGCCUCCCACAGCCCCUUCGACCCCCACCACCGCCCCAUGGCCCCCGGAGAGCCCCGCUUCCACCUGCCUCCACACCUAGACCCUGCCCUCUUCCACAGGGCUGUCCUGGACCCAGGUAGGACACUCACACACACCCUGCUACCCAGCCACCCCCAGUGAACCUAAGCCAACCUCUGUUAAACGACAAAAUAAUAGACCUGAAUCCUGGAAUGAUAGAAUGAUUCUGGGUAAACUGAUGAAGGGUAUCUUUGGCAUCUCUCAUUCGUAGGCACUGAAUGUCCUGUCUAGUCUCCGGUUGAGUCAAUUGACGUCAGUAGGGAGUGAUUACUCUGUUCGCCUGUUGUUCAUAUUAUUGGUCUCUGUUUGCUCCUCACCUAUCCCCCUCUUCCCCCCUGCAGCUGCGUACAUGUUCCCGAGGCAGCCGUCCCCAACGGGCUAUCACAACACCUACCAGCUGUACACCAUGGAGAACACGAGGCAGACCAUCCUCAAUGAUUAUAUCACCUCCCAGCAGAUGCAGGUUAUCCCACGGCCCGACGUUACCAGGGGCCUGUCGCCACGGGAACAGCAACCAAUAGCUCUGUCUUACCCUCCCGGAGCGCGAGGUACUGGACUCUGGUGGCUGGCUUGUCUGUGUGUCCCUCUCUCACGGGAGGGAGGGAGGUGGGGAGGUGGUUGGGUGGGUAGUAUGCAGGCUGUGUGCUUGUGAAUUAGUGGCUACCUUUUCCAGACGCUCAGAAGCAAAUGACCCUGACAAAUUGCCUCAUCAUAUUGAUUUAAAAUUUUAUUUUAUUAUUGCUGAUUUGUUUAUGUACAGUGGGGAGAACAAGUAUAUGAUACACUGCCGAUUUUGCAGGUUUUCCUACUUACAAAGCAUGUAGAGGUCUGUAAUUUUUAUCAUAGGUUCACUUCAACUGUGAGAGACGGAAUCUAAAACAAAAAUCCAGAAAAUCACAUUGUAUGAUUUUUAAGUAAUUAAUUUGCAUUUUAUUGCAUGACAUAAGUAUUUGAACACCUACCAACCAGUAAGAAUUCCGGCUCUCACAGACCUGUUAGUUUUUCUUUAAGAAGCCCUCCUGUUCUCCACUCAUUACCUGUAUUAACUGCACCUGUUUGAACUCGUUACCUGUAUAAAAGACACCUCUCCACACACUCAAACAAACAGACUCCAACCUCUCCACAAUGGCCAAGACCAGAGAGCUGUGUGAGGACAUCAGGGAUAAAAUUGUAGACCUGCACAAGGCUGGGAUGGGCUACAGGACAAUAGGCAAGCAGCUUGGUGAGAAGGCAACAACUGUUGGCGCAAUUAUUAGAAAAUGGAAGAAGUUCAAGAUGACGGUCAAUCACCCUCGGUCUGGGGCUCCAUGCAAGAUCUCACCUCGUGGGGCAUCAAUGAUCAUGAGGAAGGUGAGGGAUCAGCCCAGAACUACACGGCAGGACCUGGUCAAUGACCUGAAGAGAGCUGGGACCACAGUCUCAAAGAAAGCCAUUAGUAACACACUACGCCAUCAUGGAUUAAAAUCCUGCAGCGCACGCAAGGUCCCCCUGCUCAAGCCAGCGUAUGUCCAGGCCCGUCUGAAGUUUGCCAAUGACCAUCUGGAUGAUCCAGAGGAGGAAUGGGAGAAGGUCAUGUGGUCUGAUGAGACAAAAAUAGAGCUUUUUGGUCUAAACUCCACUCGCCGUGUUUGGAGGAAGAAGAAGGAUGAGUACAACCCCAAGAACACCAUCCCAACCGUGAAGCAUGGAGGUGGAAACAUCAUUCUUUGGGGAUGCUUUUCUGCAAAGGGGACAGGACGACUGCACCGUAUUGAGGGGAGGAUGAAUGGGACCAUGUAUCGCGAGAUUUUGGCCAACAACCUCCUUCCCUCAGUAAGAGCAUUGAAGAUGGGUCGUGGCUGGGUCUUCCAGCAUGACAACGACCCGAAACACACAGCCAGGGCAACUAAGGAGUGGCUCCGUAAGAAGCAUCUCAAGGUCCUGGAGUGGCCUAGCCAGUCUCCAGACCUGAACCCAAUAGAAAAUCUUUGGAGGGAGCUGAAAGUCUGUAUUGCCCAGCGACAGCCCCAAAACCUGAAGGAUCUGGAGAAGGUCUGUAUGGAGGAGUGGGCCAAAAUCCCUGCUGCAGUGUGUGCAAACCUGGUCAAGACCUACAGGAAACGUAUGAUCUCUGUAAUUGCAAACAAAGGUUUCUGUACCAAAUAUUAAGUUCUGCUUUUCUGAUGUAUCAAAUACUUAUGUCAUGCAAUAAAAUGCAAAUUAAUUACUUAAAAAUCAUACAAUGUGAUUUUCUGGAUUUUUGUUUUAGAUUCCGUCUCUCAUAGUUGAAGUGUACCUAUGAUAAAAAAUUACAGACCUCUACAUGCUUUGUAAGUAGGAAAACCUGCAAAAUCAGCAGUGUAUCAAAUACUUGUUCUCCCCACUGUAUAUGUUGGGGCUGCAGCUGACUACAGCUAAUACUCAAUUUUAUAAAUUGGGUGUUGACAAACUUCCAAUUUUUAUUUGCCCAGUGGUUACCUCUUACAAUGUGACCACCACUCCACACACCUUUUUGAAAAAAUAAGCAGCCCUUUUACAAAAAAAUAUAUAUUAUUUUUGAGCACUGUUCAGAGUAAGGUGACUGGUAAAACCAAGGCUACUGUACACAGUGUUCAUUCAUAACUCUUCAAAUUGAUCCUAUGGAUUUGGUUCGUGUUGCUCACCGUUGGCCCUUUGCUUCUGUCUGUAAAAGGGAUUAUUGAUCUAGCCCAGAUGCCUCCAACUAUCCUGUUGCCUCACCCUGGGGGAACAGGUACUCCCACUUUGGACCGCAUCACCUACAUCCCUGGAGCUCAACCCCCUUUCCCUCCUAGGCCUUUCAACCAAGCCUCCAUAUCUCCAGGUGAGGACCCCAUCCUGCCCCAACCCCGACCUGACACCCCUCUUGUUCCUUUAUACCCUCCUCCUAACCCCACAGCCCCUUAUGCACUCUGCCCUGCUGCACUCCCCUGAGGUCUGAGAAUCUGAGCGUACCUCUACGCACCUCUAUGGACCAGAUCUAAAUAAACACAUAGUUCAGUAACUUCUCUUCUCAAAAUCAGACUUUCGGUUUGCCUCAUUUAUUGGGAAAUGUAAGCAAUAAAUUAAAAAUAGUUCAAUUUGAGGUCAACAUCACGGUGGGACACUCUUCUCUCUGUCUUGUCAGGCAUUCACAACAGCACUGUGUGCUUAAGGCGGCCCAACCACUCUUCUUACCCCUCAGCGAUGGUGUCCUAAGUAGAGAUGGUGUGUAAACCUACUGUGUGUGUUGUCUGUUUCUUUGUGUCUACAGGCCACCAAGCCCACCUCGCAGCUACUGCAGCGGCCAACCAGGAGCGAGAACGAGAGAGGGAGCGUGAAAGAGAAAGGGAGCGAGAUCGAGAGCACCGAGAGAAAGAGAGAGAAAGGGAGCACAGGGAGCGGGAACAGGAGCACAGACAACGAGAGCGUGAGCGAGCAGUGGCUGCAGCGGUUGCCAAUGACUACAUGCGUGGAGGUGAGACUCAUUGUCAUUAUAUUGUAUAUUGCUGUACAGUGUCAUCAAUAAUACAGAAAUGUAUGUGAAUGUGAACAAUUUAAUAGUAGUUUAUUUCGAUUGAACCUGGCUGGACAGAUGCUCUUCCGGAGUUAAGGAUUUAUGUAGCCUGGCUUUUGCACAGUGGUGGAAAAGCCAUUAUAAGCUUCUAUCUUUGAAUUGCUCUUCUCUGUUAUUGAAGUCUACUCUUAUUUGUCCCCCAGGUCCAGGGCAGCCAGACAGACCAGGUAGCCGUGGUUACCUGCGUAGCCCCUCCCCCUCUAUGAGGUCACAGGAUGCCCAGCAGCAGCGGCCCAGCAUCUUCCAGGGAGCCAACAGCAAGGGUGUCAUCACCCCUCUCAUGUGAGUCUAAGCAUGCUCUUCUCUGGCCUCAUAAGCCCUGACCUCACCUCAUGUAAACUCUGAGUCUUAGUGUGUAUGUGUACUGUUAAUCCAUUCUUAUGGGCAUACUUUCAGUUGCACGUUAGGAGCAUACCUGCCUGCACUAAAUAUUUUAUAAUGUUAUGCCGUUUGCAAUGAAGACCCUCACAAAACAUAACAGCCCUUCUUACCCUCUACCUUGUUCUAUAUAUAUAUAUAUAUACAGUGAAGGAAAAAAGUAUUUGAUCCCCUGCUGAUUUUGUACGUUUGCCCACUGACAAAGACAUGAUCAGUCUAUAAUUUUAAUGGUAGGUUUAUUUGAACAGUGAGAGACAGAAUAACAACAACAAAAUCCAGAAAAACGCAUGUCAAAAAUGUUAUAAAUUUAUUUGCAUUUUAAUGAGGGAAAUAAGUAUUUCACCCCUCUGCAAAACAUGACUUAGUACUUGGUGGCAAAACCCUUGUUGGCAAUCACAGAGGUCAGACGUUUCUUGUAGUUGGCCACCAGGUUUGCACACAUCUCAGGAGGGAUUUUUGUCCCACUCCUCUUUGCAGAUCUUCUCCAAGUAAUUAAGGUUUCGAGCCUGACGUUUGGCAACUCGAACCUUCAGCUCCCUCCACAGAUUUUCUAUGGGAUUAAGGUCUGGAGACUGGCUAGGCCACUCCAGGACCUUAAUGUGCUUCUUCUUGAGCCACUCCUUUGUUGCCUUGGUCGUGUGUUUUGGCUCAUUGUCAUGCUGGAAUACCCAUCCACGAUCCAUUUUCAAUGCCCUGGCUGAGGGAAGGAGGUUCUCACCCAAGAUUUGACGGUACAUGGCCCCGUCCAUCGCCCCUUUGAUGCGGUGAAGUUGUCCUGUCCCCUUAGCAGAAAAACACCCCCAAAGCAUAAUGUUUCCACCUCCAUGUUUGACGGUGGGGAUGGUGUUCUUGGGGUCAUAGGCAGCAUUCCUCCUCCUCCAAACACGGCGAGUUGAGUUGUUGCCAAAGAGCUUGAUUUUGGUCUCAUCUGACCACAACACUUUCACCCAGUUCUCCUCUGAAUCAUUCAGAUGUUCAUUGGCAAACUUCAGACGGCCCUGUACAUGUGCUUUCUUGAGCAGGGGGACCUUGCGGGUGCUGCAGGAUUUCAGUCCUUCACGGCGUAGUGUGUUACCAAUUGUUUUCUUGGUGACUAUGGUCCCAGCUGCCUUGAGAUCAUUGAUAAGAUCCUCCCGUGUAGUUCUGGGCUGAUUCUCACCAUUCUCAUGAUCAUUGCAACUCCACGAGGUGAGAUCUUGCAUGGAGCCCCAGGCCGAGAGAGAUUGACAGUUAUUUUGUGUUUCUUCCAUUUGCGAAUAAUCGCACCAACUGUUGUCACCUUCUCACCAAGCUGCUUGGCGAUGGUCUUGUAGCCCAUUCCAGCCUUGUGUAGGUCUACAAUCUUGUCCCUGACAUCCUUGGAGAGCUCCUUGGUCUUGGCCAUGGUGGAGAGUUUGGAAUCUGAUUGAUUGAUUGCUUCUGUGGACAGGUGUCUUUUAUACAGGUAACAAGCUGAGAUUAGGAGCACUCCCUUUAAGAGUGUGCUCCUAAUCUCAGCUCGUUACCUGUAUAAAAGACACCUGGGAGCCAGAAAUCUUUCUGAUUGAGAGGGGGUCAAAUACUUAUUUACCUCAUUAAAAUGCAAAUCAAUUUAUAACAUUUUUGACAUGCGUUUUUCUGGAUUUUUUUGUUGUUAUUCUGUCUCUCACUGUUCAAAUAAACCUACCAUUAAAAUUAUAGACUGAUCAUUUCUUUGUCAGUGGGCAAACGUACAAAAUCAGCAGGGGAUCAAAUACUUUUUUCCCUCACUGUAUAUAUCACACACACACACACACACACACACACAGUGCAUUCGGAAAGUAUUCAGACACCUUCCCCUUUUCCACAUUUUGUUUAGUUACAGCCUUAUUUUAAAAUGGAUUAAAUAACUAAAAUUCCUCAUCAAUCUACACACAAUGACAAAGCGAAAACAGGUUUUUAGAAUUUUUUGCAAAUUUAUAAAAAGAACAAAACAGAAAUACCUUAUUUACAUAAAUAUUCAGACCCAUUGCUAUGAGACUCGAAAUUGAGCUCAGGUGCAUCAUGUUUCCGUUGAUCAUCCUUGAGAUGUUUCUACAACUUGACUGGAGUCCACCUGUGGUAAAUUCAAUUGAUUGGACAUGAUUUGGAAAGGCACACACCUGUCUAUAUAAGGUCCCACAGUUGACAGUGCAUGUCAGAGCAAAAACCAAGCCAUGAGGUCGAAGGAAUUGUCCGUAGACUCUGAGGCACAGAUCUGGGGAACGGUACCAAAACAAUUCUGCAGCUUUGAAGGUCCCCAAGAACACAGUGGCCUCAAUCAUUCUUAAAUGGAAGAAGUUUGGAACCACCAAGACUCUUCCUAGAGCUGGCCGCACGGGCAAACUGAGCAAUCGGGGGAGAAGGGCCUUGGUCAGGGAGGUUGACUAAGAACCUGAUGGUCACUCUGACAGAGCUCCAGAGUUCCUCUGUUAAGAUGGGAUAACCUUCCAGAAGGACAACCAUCUCUGCAGCACUCCACCAAUCAGGCCUUUAUGAUAGAGUGGCCAGACGGAAGCCACUCUUCAGUAAAAGGCACAUGACAGCCCGCUUGGAGUUUGCCAAAAGGCACCUAAAGACUCUCAGACCAUGAGAAACAAGAUUAUCUGGUCUGAUGAAACCAAGAUUGAACUCUGGCCUGAAUGCCAAGCGUCACGUCGGGACGACACCUGGCACCAUCCCUACGGUGAAGCAUGGUGAUGGCAGCAUCAUGCUGUGGGAAUGUUUUUCAGCGGUAGGGACUGGGAGACUAGUCAGGAUCGAGGGAAAGAUUAACGGAGCAAAGUACCUCAGACUGGGGCGAAGUACCUCAGACUGUAUGGGUGGUCCCGGGGAUCGAACCCACUACCCUGGCGUUACAAGCGCCAUGCUCUACCAAUUGAGCUACAGAGGACCACAGGUGAUUGUGGAGGCCAUUUCAUCUGAUGCAGCACUCCAUCACGCUCCUUGGUCAAAUAGCCCUUACACAGCCUGGAGGUGUGUUUUGGGUCAUUGUCCUGUUGAAAAACAAAUGAUAGUCCCACUAAGCCCAAACCAGAUGUGAUGGCGUAUCGCUGCAGAAUGCUGUGGUAGCCAUGCUGGUUAAGUGUGCCUUGAAUUCUAAAUAAAUCACAGACAGUGUCACCAACAAAGCACCAUCACACCACCUCCUCCAUGCUUCACGGUGGAAACCACACAUGCGGAGAUCAUCCAUUCACCUACUCUGUGUCUCACAAAGACACGGCAGUUGGAACCAAAAAUCUCAAAUUUGGACUCAUCAGACCAAAGGACAGAUUUCCGCUGGUCUAAUGUCCAUUGCUUGUCUCUUCUUCAUAUUGGUGUCUUUUAGUAGUGGUUUCUUUGUAACAAUUAGACCAUGAAGGCCUGAUUCACGCAGUCUCCUCUGAACAGUUGAUGUUGAGAUGUGUCUGUUACUUGAACUCUGUGAAGCAUUUAUUUGGGCUGCAAUCUGAGGUGCAGUUAAAACCUCUUAAGGAUCUGACUCUUUUUAUUUCCAAUUUCCGCCUAAAAUGACAUACCCAAAUCUAACUGCCUGUAGCUCAGGACCUGAAGCAAGGAUAUGCAUAUUCUUGAUACCAUUUGAAAGGAAACACUUUGAAGUUUGUGGAAAUGUGAAAUGAAUGUUGGAGAAUAUAACACAUAUCUGGUAAAAGAUAAUAGAAACAGAAAAUACACUAACCUUCACACAUCUAGAUGGCCGGAGGGAGAUGUGGUGUGGGGUGUGGAGCAAGAGACAGCAGGGUGUCAAACUAUAGAACCCAGUUCCUACAUUUGAAUAUAAAAAUAGAUUUUAUAAAACAAAACUAUGCUACAUUUUAUCUCUGGGACCAUCAGGACAACAAAUCCGAGCAAGAUUACUGAAUGUAAGUACAUUAUUUACCUUAAGAGGUGAAUGUAUCAAACCAGUUGCCGUGACAAAAGUGUUUUGUUGUGCACUAUCCUCAAACAAUAGCAUGGUCUUUUUUAGCUCUAAAAGCUACUGUAAUUUAUUUUUAUUUAUUUUUUAUUCGCCUUUAUUUAACCAGGUAAGCCAGUUGAGAACAAGUUCUCAUUUACAACUGCGACCUGGCCAAGAAAGCAAAGCAGUGCGAUUUAAAAACAACAACAACACAGUCACAUAUGGGAUAAACAAAACGUACAGUCAAUAACACAAUAGAAAAUCUAUAUACAGUGUGUGCAAAUGUAGUAAAUUAUGGAGGUAAGGCAAUAAAUAGGCCAUAGUGCAAAAUAAUUACAAUUUAGUAUUAACACUGGAGUGAUAGAUGUGCAGAAGAUGAUGUGCAAAUAGAGAUACUGGGGUGCAAAAUAAAUAACAAUAUGGGGAUGAGGUAGUUGGGUGGGCUAAUUACAGAUGGGCUGUGUACAGGUGCAGUGAUCGUUAAGCUGCUCUGACAACUGAUGCUUAAAGUUAGUGAGGGAGAUAAGAGUCUCCAGCUUCAGAGAUUUUUGCAGUUCGUUCCAGUCAUUGGCAGCAUAGAACUGGAAGGAAUGGCGGCCAAAGGAGGUGUUGGAUUUGGGGAUGACCAGUGAGAUAUACCUGCUGGAGCGCAUACUACGGGUGGGUGUUGCUAUGGUGACCAAUGAGCUAAGAUAAGGCGGGGAUUUGUCUAGCAGUGAUUUAAAGAUGACCUCGAGCCAGUGGGUUUGGCGACGAAUAUGUAGUGAAGGCCAGCCAAUGAGAGCGUACAGGUCACAAUGGUGGGUAUUAUAUGGGGCUUUGGUGACAAAACAGAUGUCACUGUGAUAGACUACAUCCAAUUUGCUGAGUAGAGUGUUGGAGACUAUUUAUUUUGUAAAUGACAUCACCGAAGUCAAGGAUCGGUAGGAUAGUCAGUUUUACGAGGGCAUGUUUGGCAGCAUGAGUGAAGGAGGCUUUGUUGCGAAAUAGGAAGCCGAUUCUAGAUUUAACUUUGGAUUGGAGAUGCUUAAUGUGAGUCUGGAAGGAGAGUUUACAGUCUAACCAGACACCUAGGUAUUUGUAGUUGUCCACAUAUUCUAAGUCAGACCCGCCGAGAGUAGUGAUUCUAGUUGGGCGGGCGGGUGCAAGCAGAGUUCGAUUGAAGAGCAUGCAUUUUGAUUUUACUAGCGUUUAAGAGCAGUUGGAGGCUACAGAAGGAGUGUUGUAUGGCAUUGAAGCUCGUUUGGAGGUUUGUUAACACAGUGUCCAAUGAAGGGCCAGAUGUAUACAAAAUGGUGUUGUCUGCGUAGAGGUGGAUCUGAGAGUCAACAGCAGCAAGAGCGACAUCAUUGAUAUACACAGAGAAUAGAGUUGGCCCGAGAAUUGAACCCUGUGGCACCCCAAUAGAGACUGCCAGAGGUCCAGACAACAGGCCCUCCGAUUUGACACAUUGAACUCUAUCUGAGAAGUAGUUGGUGAACCAGGCAAGGCAGUUAUUUGAGAAACCAAGGCUAUUUAGUCUGCCAAUAAGAAUGUGGUGAUUGACAGUGUCGAAAAGCCUUGGCCAGGUCGAUGAAGACGGCUGCACAGUACUGUCUUUUAUCGAUCGCGGUUAUAAUAUCGUUUAGGACCUUGAGCGUUGCUGAGGUGCACCCAUGACCAGCUCGGAAACCAGAUUGCAUAGCGGAGAAGGUACGGUGGUAUUCGAAAUGGUCGGUGAUCUGUUUGUUAACUUGGCUUUCAAAUACUUUCGAAAGGCAGGGCAGGAUGGAUAUAGGUCUGUAACAGUUUGGAUCUAGAGUGUCACCCCCUUUGAAGAGGGGGAUGACCGCGGCAGCUUUCCAAUCUCUGGGGAUCUCAGAUGUUACGAAAGAGAGGUUGAACAGGCUAGUAAUAGAGGUUGCGACAAUUUCGUCAGCUAAUUUUAGAAAGAAAGGGUCCAGAUUGUCUAGCCCAGCUGAUUUGUAGGGGUCCAGAUUUUGCAGCUCUUUCAGAACAUCAGCUGUCUGAAUUUGGGUGAAGGAGAAGCGGUAAAUUGAACACUGCAAUUAGAUUAACACGAUUUUAAGCUUUCUGCCCAUAUAAGACAUGUCUAUGUCCCGGAAAGUUGGCUGUUGUUUACAACUCCAUUCUAGUCACAUAUCGCGUAUUGAGCAGCAACCGUCCCGUUAUAGGGACACCGAUCCUGUAGAGGUUUAACUCGAAUGAACUAAUCCUCUGCAGCAGAGGUAACUCUGGGUCUUCCUUUCCUGUGGCGGUCCUCAUGAGAGCCAGUUUCAUCAUAGCGCUUGAUAGUUUUUGCGACUGCACUCCGGAUUGACUGACCUUCAUGUCUUAAUGUAAUGAUGGACUGUCAUUUCUCUUUGCUUAUUUGAGCUGUUCUUGUCAUAAUAUGGACUUGGUCUUUUACCAAAUAGGGCUAUCUUAUGUAUACCACCCCUACCUUGUCACAACACAACUGAUUGGCUCAAACGCGUUAAGAAGGAAAGAAAUUCCACAAAUUAACUUUUAAGAAGGCACAACUGUUAAUUGAAUUGCAUUCCAGGUGACUACCACAUGAUGCUGGUUGAGAGAAUGUCAAGUGUGCGCAAAGCUGUCAUCAAGUCAAAGGGUGGCUACUUUGAAGAAUCUCAAAUAAAAUAUAUUUUGAUUUGUUUAACACUUUUUUUUGGUUACUACAUGAUUCCAUAUGUGUUAUUUCAUAGUUUUAAUGUCUUCACUAUUAUUCUACAAUGUAGAAAAUAGUGAAAAUAAAGACAAACCCUGGAAUGAGUAGGUGUCCAAACUUUUGACUAGUACUGUAUAUAUACUGAACAAAAAUAUAAACGCAACAUGUAAAGUGUUGGGCCUAUGUUUCGUCAAAUCAAAUUUUAUUUGCCACAUGUGCCGAAUAAAACAGGUGUAGACAUUACAGUGAAAUGCUUACUUACAAGCCCUUAACCAACAAUGCAAUUUUUUAUAUAUAUAAAAAAGUGUUAAGUAAAAAAAUAAAAGCUAAUAACUAAAGAGCAGCAGUAAAAUAUAAUAACAGUAUACAGGGGGGUACCAGUGCAGAGUCAAAGUGCCGGGGCACCGGCUAGUCGAGGUAAUUGAGGUAAUAUGUACAGUGAGGGAAAAAAGUAUUUGAUCCCCUGCUGAUUUUGUACGUUUGCCCACUGACAAAGAAAUGAUCAGUCUAUAAUUUUAAUGGUAGGUUUAUUUGAACAGUGAGAGACAGAAUAACAAAAAAAUCCAGAAAAACUCAUGUCAAAAAUGUUAUCAAUUGAUUUGCAUUUUAAUGAGGGAAAUAAGUAUUUGACCCCUCUGCAAAACAUGACUUAGUACUUGGUGGCAAAACCCUUGUUGGCAAUCACAGAGGUCAGACGUUUGUUGUAGUUGGCCACCAGGUUUGCACACAUCUCAGGAGGGAUUUUGUUCCACUCCCCUUUGCAGAUCUUCUCCAAGUCAUUAAGGUUUCCAGGCUGACGUUUGGCAACUCAAACCUUCAGCUCCCUCCACAGAUUUUCUAUGGGAUUAAGGUCUGGAGACUGGCUAGGCCACUCCAGGACCUAAAUGUGCUUCUUCUUGAGCCACUCCUUUGUUGCCUUGGCCGUGUGUUUUGGGUCAUUGUCAUGCUGGAAUACCCAUCCACGACCCAUUCUCAAUGCCCUGGCUGAGGGAAGGAGGUUCUCACCCAAGAUUUGACGGUACACGGCCCCGUCCAUCGUCCCUUUGAUGCGGUGAAGUUGUCCUGUCCCCAUAGCAGAAAAACACCCCCAAAGCAUAAUGUUUCAACUUCCAUGUUUGACGGUGGGGAUGGUGUUCUUGGGGUCAUAGGCAGCAUUCCUCCUCCUCCAAACAUAGCGAGUUGAGUUGAUGCCAAAGAGCUCGAUUUUGGUGUCAUCUGACCUCAACACUUUCACCCAGUUCUCCUCUGAAUCAUUCAGAUGUUCAUUGGAAAACUUCAGACGGCCCUGUAUAUGUGCUUUCUUGAGCAGGGGGACCUUGCGGGCGCUGCAGGAUUUCAGUCCUUCACGGCGUAGUGUGUUACCAAUUGUUUUCUUGGUGACUAUAGUCCCAGCUGCCUUGAGAUCAUUGACUAGAUCCUCCUGUGUGGUUCUGGGCUGAUUCCUCACCGUUCUCAUGAUCAUUGCAACUCCACGAGGUGAGAUCUUGCAUGGAGCCCCAGGCCGAGGGAGAUUGACAGGUCUUUUGUGUUUCUUCCAUUUGCGAAUAUUCGCACCAACUGUUGUCACCUUCUCACCAAGCUGCUUGGCGAUGGUCUUGUAGCCCAUUCCAGCCUUGUGUAGGUCUACAAUCUUGUCCCUGACAUCCUUGGAGAGCUCUUUGGCCUUGGCCAUGGUGGAGAGUUAGGAAUCUGAUUGAUUGAUUGCUUCUGUGGACAGGUGUCUUUCAUACAGGUAACAAGCUGACAUUAGGAGCACUCCCUUUAAGAGUGUGCUCCUAAUCUCAGCUCGUUACUUGUAUAAAAGACACCUGGGAGCCAGAAAUCUUUCUGAUUGAGAGGGGGUUGUUGUUAUUCUGUCUCUCACUGUUCAAAUAAAGCUACCAUUAAAAUUAUAGACUGAUCAUGUCUUUGUCAGUGGGCAAACGUACAAAAUCAGCAGGGGAUCAAAUACUUUUUUCCCCUCACUGUACAUGUGUGUAGAGUUAAAGUGACUAUGCAUAAAUAAUAAACAGAGUAGCAGCAGCGUAAAAGAGGGGGAUGGGGUGGGGGGGUGGGGCAGUGCAAAUAGUCCGGGAAGCCAUGAUUUAGCUGUUCAGGAGUCUUAUGGCUUGGGGGUAGAAGCUGUUGAGAAGCCUUUUGGAACUAGACUUGGCGCUCCGGUACCGCUUGCCGUGCGGUACCAGAGAGAACAGUCUAUGACUAGGGUGGCUGGAGUCUUUGACAAUUUUUAGGGCCUUCCUCUGACACCGCCUUGUAUAGAGGUCCUGGAUGGCUGGAAGCUUGGCCCCAGUGAUGUACUGGGCCGUACGCACUAAGUCCCCUGUAGCUCAGUUGGUAGAGCAUGGCGCUAGCAACGCCAGGGUUUUGGGUUCGUUUCCCAAGGGGGGCCAGUAUGAAAAUGUAUGCACUCACUAACUGUAAGUCGCUCUGGAUAAGAGUGUAUGCUAAAUAACUAAAAUGUAAAUGUAAAUGUAGUGCCUUGCGGUCGGAGGCCGAGCAGUUGCCAUACCAGGCGGUGAUGCAACCAGUCUGGAUGCUCUCGAUGGUGCAGCUGUAGAAUCUUUUGAAGAUCUGAGGACCCAUGCCAAAUCUUUUCAGUCUCCUGAGGGGAAAUAGGUUUUGUCGUGCCCUCAUCACGACUGUCUUGGAGUGCUUGGACCAUGUUAGUUUGUUGGGGAUGUGGACACCAAGGAUCUUGAAGCUCUCAACCUGCUCCACUACAGCCCCGUCGAUAAGAAUGGGGGCGUGCUCGGUCCUCUUCUUUUUCCUGUAGUCCACAAUCGUCUCCUUUGUCUUGAUUACGUUGAGGGAGAGGUUGUUGUCCUGGCACCACACAGCCAGGUCUCUGACCUCCUCCCUAUAGGCUGUCUCGUCGUUUCGGUGAUCAGGCCUACCACUGUUGUGUCAUCGGCAAACUUAAUGAUGGUGUUGGAGUCGUGCCUGGCCAUGCAGUCAUGAGUGAACAGGGAGUGCAGGAUGGGACUGAGCACUCACCCCUGAGGGGCCCCCGUGUUGAGGAUCAGCGUGGCGGAUGUGUUGUUACCUACCCUUUAUUCCUGGGGGCGGCCCGUCAGGAAUUCAAGGAUCCAGUUGCAGAGGGAGGUGUUUCGUCCCAUGGUCCUUAGCUUAGUGAUGAGCGUUGAGAGCAUUAUGGUGUUGAACGCUGAGCUGUAGUCAAUGAAUAGCAUUCUCACAUAGGGUUCCUUUUGUCCAGAUGUGAAAGGGAAGUGUAGAGCGCAAUAGAGAUUGCAUCAUCUGUGGAUCUGUUGGGGCGAUGUGCAAAUUGGAGUGGGUCUAGGGUUUCUGGGAUAAUGGUAUUGAUGUGAGCCAUGACUAGUCUUUUCAAAGCACUUCAUUGCUAUAGACGUGAGUGCUACGGGUUGGUAGUCAUUUAGGCAGGUUACCUUAGUGUUCUUGGGCACAGGGACUAUGGUGUUCUGCUUGAAACAUGUUGGUAUUAUAGACUCAGACAGGGAGAGGUUGAAAAUGUCAGUGAAGACACUUGCCAGUUGGUGAGCGCAUUCUCGGAGUGCCUGUCCUGGUAAUCCGUCUGGCCCUGCGGCCUUGUGAAUGUUGACCUGUUUAAAGGUGUUACUCACAUCGGCUACGGAGAGUGUGAUCACACAGUCGUCCGGAACAGCUGAUGCUCUCAUGCAUGUUUCAGUGUUACUUGCCUCGAAGCGAGCAUAGAAGUAAUUUAGCUCGUCUGGUAGGCUUGUGUCACUGGGCAGCUCGCGGCUGUGCUUCCCUUUUGUAGUCUGUAAUAGUUUGCAAGCCCUGCAACAUCCGACGAGCGUUGGAGCCGUUGUAGGACGAUUCGAUCUUAGUCCUGUAUUGACGCUUUGCCUGUUUGAUGGUUUGUCGUAGGGCAUAGCAGGAUUUCUUAUAAGCUUCCGGGUUAGAGUCCUGUUCCUUGAAAGCGUCAGCUCUACCCUUUAGCUCAGUGCGGAUGUUGCCUGUAAUCCGUGGCUUCUGGUUGGGGUACGUACAGUAACUGUGGGGACGACGUCAUCGAUGCACUUAUUGAUGAAGCCAGUGACUGAUGUGGCGUACUCCUCAAUGCCAUCGGAAGAAUCCCGGAACAUAUUCCAGUCUGUUUUAGCAAAACAGUCCUGUAGCUUAGCAUCUGCUUCGUCUGAGUCACUGGUGCUUCCUGCUUUAGUUUUUGCUUCAGGAGGAUAGAAUUAUGGUCAGAUUUUCCAAAUAGUGGACGAGGGAGAGCUUUGUAUGCGUCUCUGUGUGUGGAGUAAAGGUGGUCUAGUGUUUUUUUCCCCUCUGAUUGCACAUUUAACAUGCUGGUAGAAAUGAGGUAAAACAGAUUUAAGUUUCCCUGCAUUAAAGUCCCCGGCCACUAGGAGCGCCGCCUCUGGGUGAGCGUUUUCCUGUUUGCUUAUGGCCAUAUACAGUUCAUUGAGUGCGGUCUUAGUGCCACCAUCGGUUUGUGGUCAUAAAUAGACAGCUACUAAGUAUAUAGAUGAAAACUCUCUUGGUAGAUAGUGUGGUCUACAGCAUGUCAUGAGAUACUCUGUCAUGCUAUUCAUCCGCCGCCAUCACCUCAUGUUUCAGCAUGAUAAUGCAGGACACCACAUCACAAGGAUCUGUACACAAUUCCUGGAAGCUGAAAAUGUCCCAGUUCUUCCAUGGCCUGCAUACUCACCCAUUGAACAUGUUUGGGAUGGUCUGGAUCGACGUGUACAACAGCGUGUUCCAGUUCCCGCCAAGAUCCAGCAACUUCGCACAGCCAUUGAAGCGGAGUGGGACAACAUUCCACAGGCUUCAAUCAACAGCCUGAUCAACCCUAUGCGAAGGAGAUGUGUCGCGCUGCAUGAGGCAAAUGCUUGCACACCGUUCUGGCACUCCACGUCCUUUCCAACCACUCCGCUACAAACCGCUCUGCGCUCACAGGGGAAUAAACUACUGCUCCAUUCAUUUAAAAUCACAAUUUAACCAACACCCAUCUAUUUUUCUGACUACCUGGACCUACCACUUGGUUUUGAAGUAUUGAAACCAAACCAUAUGAUUUGAAUGAGAAGUAUUUUAAUAAACAUGAAAAGGUGAAUGUAAGAAGCGCUCAACAUUUCAAAAAAGGAUACAUGUCAUAUUAAACAGCAUGUAAACACUCUAAAUAGGUCAGGAGCCAAACACGGCGCCUAAGAAUGAAUGAAAAUGAAUUAUUUAGACAAUUAUUUCAAGGCAAUAUCCUACAAAGAAAUACAUUGUGAAUACAUUUGCGAGUGCGACACAAUGGGCUGGUAGGGACAUAAAGAGCUCAGCAUUUAAACAACAUUUCGUUGUAUUAAAUCAUUAUAGUCUAUAAAUUGCGCAUAUAGGCUGUGACUUACUUACAAUUACAGUGAGGGAAAAAAGUAUUUGAUCCCCUGCUGAUUUUGUACGUUUGCCCACUGACAAAGAAAUGAUCAGUCUAUCAUUUGUCAAAAAUGUCAAAAAUGUUAUAAAUUGAUUUGCAUUUUAAUGAGGGAAAUAAGUAUUUGACCCCCUCUCAAUCAGAAAGAUUUCUGGCUCCCAGGUGUCUUUUAUACAGGUAACGAGCUGAGAUUAGGAGCACACUCUUAAAGGGAGUGCUCCUAAUCUCAGUUUGUUACCUGUAUGAAAGACACCUGUCCACAGAAGCAAUCAAUCAAUCAGAUUCCAAACUCUCCACCAUGGCCAAGGCCAAAGAGCUCUCCAAGGAUGUCAGUGACAAGAUUGUAGACCUACACAAGGCUGGAAUGGGCUACAAGACCAUCGCCAAGCAGCUUGGUGAAAAGGUGACAACAGUUGGUGCGAUUUUUCGCAAAUGGAAGAAACACAAAAUAACUGUUAAUCUCCCUCGGCCUGGGGCUCCAUGCAAGAUCUCACCUCGUGGAGUUGCAAUGAUCAUGAGAACGGUGAGGAAUCAGCCCAGAACUACACAGGAGGAUCUUGUCAAUGAUCUCAAGGCAGCUGGCCCAAUAGUCACCAAGAAUACAAUUGGUAACACACUACGCCGUGAAGGACUGAAAUCCUGCAGCGCCCGCAAGGUCCCCCUGCUCAAGAAAGCACAUAUACAGGCCCGUCUGAAGAUUGCCAAUGAACAUCUGAAUGAUUCAGAGGAGAACUGGGUGAAAGUGUUGUGGUCAGAUGAGACCAAAAUCGAGGUCUUUGGCAUCAACUCAACUCGCCGUGUUUGGAGGAGGAGGAAUGCUGCCUAUGACCCCAAGAACACCAUCCCCACCGUCAAAAAUGGAGGUGGAAACAUUAUGCUUUGGGGGUGUUUUUCUGCUAAGGGGACAGGACAACUUCACCGCAUCAAAGGGACGAUGGAUGGGGCCAUGUACCGUCAAAUCUUGGGUGAGAACCUCCUUCCCUCAGCCAGGACAUUGAAAAUGGGUCGUGGAUGGGUAUUCCAGCAUGACAAUGACCCAAAACACACGGCCAAGGCAACAAAGGAGUGGCUCAAGAAGAAGCACAUUAAGGUCCUGGAGUGGCCUAGCCAGCCUCCAGACCUUAAUCCCAUAGAAAAUCUGUGGAGGGAGCUGAAGGUUCGAGUUGCCAAACGUCAGCCUCGAAACCAUAAUGACUUGGAGAAGAUCUGCAAAGAGGAGUGGGACAAAAUCCCUCCUGAGAUGUGUGCAAACUUGGUGGCCAACUACAAGAAACGUCUGACCUCUGUGAUUGCCAACAAGGGUUUUGCCACCAAGUACUAAGUCAUGUUUUGCAGAGAGGUCAAAUACUUAUUUCCCUCAUUAAAAUGCAAAUCAAUUUAUAACAUUUUUAACAUGUGAUUUUCUGGAUUUUUUUGUUGUUAUUCUGUCUCUCACUGUUCAAAUAAACCUACCAUUAAAAUUAUAGACUGAUCAUGUCUUUGUCAGUGGGCAAACGUGCAAAAUCAGCAGGGGAUCAAAUACAUUUUUCCCUCACUGUAAAUAGAAAUUAAACGAAAAAUGCCUUAUUAGUAGGCUCAGUCUACAGUGCCUUUUUGAAUUAAUUUUUUUAAACACGAGUUUGGCCAGAGUCUGUGGCUUCAGGCUCAUGUGAUGGUGCCUGGAGAGCAGGCCAGCAGCGGAGAAUAUCCUCACUCCUUUGGGAAUCUCACUCUGCGCUCUAGUACAAUUUGGUAUGCUCUGCUCCUCGCUCUGCUCCAGCUCUGCUCACAUACUCUGGUGGUCACACAAGAUACUGACUGGUUUUCUGAUCCAUGCCCCUACUUUUAUUUUUUAAAGCUAUCUGUGACUACCAGAUGCAUAUCUGUAUUCCGAGUCAUGUGAAAUCCAUAGCUUUGGGCCGAAUGAGUUUAUUUCAAUUUACUGAUUUCCUUUAUAUGAGCUGUAAAUCAGUAACAUGUUAGAAAUUGUUGCAUGUAGCGUUUAUAUUUUUGUUCAGUGUAUAUAUAAAUAAUAUCAAUACAUAAUGUUAACGCCUCGAUCACACCGAUAGUGUCAUUGCAUUUUGCUACACCAGAAGUACAUUCAUUUCCAAUGGAACGCUGCGUUUGCCUUGCAGCGUUGCAGAGGCAGUUGCAGUGCGUUCUGUGUGGUGCAUAUGUUGGAUUUAUCGAACGUAUGCAUGAAACUGUAUGCGUAGACAGCUUGACAGAAAUGGUAGCAGAAGGUGAAUGUUGAACUUUUGUUCGACACAUAUCCAGAUGCUGCUGCAUACCAUUUUGCGGGAUGGCGCUGUCGGUGUGAUCGAGGCGUAACCCUCUACCUCUCUCUGCCCCCUCCAGGCCGGCAGCAGCAGCAGCCCAGGCAGGAGCCCGCUACAGCACUGCAGCCGAUGCCCUGGCUGCCCUGGUGGAUGCCGCCGCCUCCGCCCCUCAAAUGGACGUCAACAAGGGCAAGGACUCCUCCAAGCACGAUCGAGACGACGACAUGUCUUUAUCAUCUGCGGCGGCCAGGCGGCAGCACGAGCUGCAGCUGGAGGCAGACAGGCGCUCCAUGCAGUCUCCCUACGGCCCCAUGUCUCUGCCAGGGGGGAAACUCCACCCAGGAUACGCUGAGGGGCCCGGUGGUCCCCAGGGGAGUAAAGACAAGGGUCCUCCCAGCAAGUCACGCAUCGAGGAGGAGCUGAGGACCAGAGGAAAGACCACCAUCACGGCCGCCAACUUCAUUGACGUCAUCAUCACGAGCCAGAUCGCCUCGGACAAGGACUCCCGGGAGAGAAGCUCCCAGAGCUCCGACUCCUCCAGCAGCUGUGAGUCUUCCACAUAGAACAACAUAGAACAGGGAACAGUAUAGAACGUAGACACGAUGGGACAGAUGGGAUGGAAGCCAGUACUGUAACACUGCUGUGGUGGGUGGAUACCUGGAUAUAGAUUUGGUUUGCGUUUUAAUUCCCAACAUUUCUAACAUGUAAGGCUUAACAACAUAGCAAAUAACAAAAAAAAAAAAUAUAUAUAAUUAUAAUAUCUCAUAUGUUAGUGAGAGGGUUGUUUUUAAAGUGUGUCUGUGCCUGGCCCUGCAGUGUCGUCCAGUCGGUAUGAGGUCCCCAGUGGAGGAGCUAUCGAGGUGAUCAGCCCAGCCAACUCUCCAGCCCAGUCCCAGCAGGAGAAGCAGCAGCAGCAGGACGACAGGGAGAGGGCCGACAGGGACAGGGCCGCACAGGCAGCAGCACAAGGUGAGAUGGCUCUAUAUACUGUGAAACAUACAAUAAUAAGAUGUGUUCUCAGUGCUGGUUUCCCUGACACAGAUUAAACCUGCACCUGGACUAAAAAAAGCUUGCUCAAUAGUGAAUAUCUAUUGAAAGUGCAUUUCAGUCAAGGCUUAAUGUGUCCGAGAAACUGGCCCUUACUGACCGGUAAAGCUCUAUAGAUGCCAUAUAUGGAGACUUGACUUGAAGUAUUCUCUUGACGCUCUCAAUCACUCCCUUUCUCAAGUACUGUUUUCCUUUUCCAAGGUUUAAGUUACCUACCAUGUCCUACUUGAUUACAGUACAUUCUCUGUACUGAACUGACUUCUAAUACUAAAUUGAACCGGCUCAGCUCUACAAGCUGUAUUGAAUUCAGGUUACAACUGCAGAGGCAUACAGUAUCUUAUAGUGAUGAUAUGGAGUAAACAUACUACAACCCGAAUGACUCUUCACCCGAGUCAUCUGAGUACAACAGAUAUAGCAGACGAUACCAUUCCAUUCCCAACUAGCCCCCGUCUGGUCACCAGACCGCUCCACAAUCUAUUUCUGUCCGCUGGAGGCAAAUGUGUAUCAGCUGGUGCUGGAAUACAGUGCAGUGCUACCCCUCCUCUCCCUCAUCUCCCCCUCCCCCAACUCAGUCUGGUGUGUGUGUGUGUUUGUGGAAUAUUCUCACUCAGCAGCUGGCAUGCGUCCCUUUGACAUGAGCCGCUACCGACAGUCAGCGGAGUCACAGCAGCCCCCCUCCUCCCAGGCUGACGGAGGGUACUCCCAGGUCCCCAAGACCCACCGAGUCAUGACCCUGGCUGACCACAUCUCGGUAAGAUACUCUGGUAGCUUUCCACGGUUGCAUGCCAUGUCAUUGCAUGCGCAGUCGGGCAUCAGAUAGCUAUAACAUAUUAUGUGGCUAUCUAAUAUGUUAAACAGGUCUGAGAGAUCUGGCAGGCAUCUGCAAUGUAGUCAGCCUGGAACGCACCCACUGACUGAAGAAGAGCCCAAUGACUCAUUAAUUCAUAGCCCUUUUUAACUGGAAUCCUGAAUCCUGAGGCAAACAAUCCAUAUUCUGUGUAACCAAUACAAAUGACUUUACCAAAAAUGUAUGUACCUCCUAUACCACUUUUUGUUGAGUUAUGAUAUCUUGAGUGAUCCAUCGACUGAACUGCAAAUUAUGAUCUGAACAACUCUGACAACAGCCUCUACUAGACAUCUUAAUAGAGAAAUACCUUUAAGAGUAGUGACUGAAAAUUGAUGUAUGCCUCCAAGUAAUAACAUCUCCCCGAUGUCUGUCCUUUUGUCCUCUCCUCUUUCUCCUUUAUAGCAUAUCAUCACCCAGGACUUUGCCAGGAACCAGGACCCUCCUCAGUCCUCCACCACCAUCUCCUCCACUGCCACCACCACUUUCCAAAGUGCCCAGCUGCCCGUGUCUAUCUUGGGCCCCGGGGGCCGUGCCAAGGGCCCCAGCCGCUACAGCCCAGAGAACCAGGCCCAGGCCCCAUCACACCACCAGAGACCCACACCCAGCAGAGUGUCUCCCGAUAACGCCCCUGACAAGCCCAGAGCCAGGUACAGUAACAGCACCCGCCGGUAGCCCAACACAGCCUCUUCACCAAGCCAGCCUGGGACAUGGUCAUUAGGGUACACCAUAGCAAAAUGUUUUGCAACAAAAAACAAAAACUUGUGUUCAGGUAAAAAAAAAACAUUUUCUCCCUACUGAACAUAACCCUGGUGGUGCACCUCUGACCAUUCCAUCAGAUUCUCACUUUUUCCUCUCUUCCUCUGUGCCUCCCCCAGACCUGGUAAAUCCCCUGAUCGGGGUGGCAGGGGGGCAUUGGAGAGCUAUGAGCCCAUCUCCCCUCCCCAGAGCUACCAGGAUAAACAACAGGAAGCCAGAGAGCAGCAGCAACCCCAGAGACGAGAGGCUGACCAGCCUGAGAUGAGGUGUGUAGGACUGGUAUAUCUUCAUACGUAGUGCGUGUACUCGCAUUUGUUUAUAUUCACGUAACGUUGGCUUUCAAUGUUAUAGCUAGGCAUAUCUGUAUGUUUCGGUAUCUUUAAGGUUUAAGUGACAAACCGAAAAGCAUAACAUCAUUUUUGUUGUAUGUCUACAUGCAUUUGUGUGUGUGUGGAUACUAGAUACCUUCCCCUGGCACAUGGAUUCAGUGCCCAUGGGCAGAAUGUGUCUUGUGGGCAGCUGUGACCCAUUUGGCUUGCCAACAGAGUGGAAACUGGGGAGAGGUGCCAAUGGCACACUAGCCUACCUGACUCUUAACCCCUGUGGUGGCCUUUCUCUGGUUACAGGGGUGACUCUCGCUCCCCUGGCAGUGUCAGCUACCUGCCCUCCUUCUUCACCAGGCUGGAGAACACCUCCCCUAUGGUGAAAUCCAAGAAGCAGGAGAUCAUUCGUAAGUUGAACUCCUCUUGUGUCAGUGAUUCUGAUGUUGGUAAGUGUGCUCUCUUCUUAUCUACCUUGUACUUACGUCAUUUAAGAAAGCUUGCCAUGAUGGAAAUAAUGUAGUAAUUUGAUGGAACUCAACUUAUACAGUAUUAUAUUAAUAUAUAAUGGGAUGCAUUGCACUCAUUUCUCAUUUUCACAAGGGAAAACAUUGUAAUAGGAAGGCAUACUGUAAAACGACUAACAAUUAACUUUGUCUUUAGCGCCAUUUUAGUUUGUCAGACAUUUUGUUUACUGUGCUAUCAUUUCUCCUUUCAGGAAAUGCACAACCAGGCACAGAGAUCUUCAACUUGCCUGCUGUGACCAGCUCAAGUGAGUGUAGAUAUUUCUAACAACAUAGGAUCCCAUUCUAUCACCAUACAAACUCUUCUCAUAUUCAAACAAACUAGAAUCAUUUAAACCAGCCACUUGUGGGUAGUGUUCAGUAAGCACCAAAUGGAAUAAAAUACAUUUAAACACGUUUCAAAAUGUUUUCUGUUUGCAUACCCUAAUGAACACGACCGUGCUGGCUGCUCCAUGUCUUCCCUGUCUAAUCAGCCUGUGUGUGCGUGUGUUUGGCCCUCCAGGCAGCGUGAACCCCAGGAACCACUCCUUCAGCGACCCGGCCAGUAACCUGGGCCUAGAGGACAUCAUUCGCAAGGCCCUGAUGGGCAACCUGGAAGAAAGGCCAGAGGAGCACCAAGGAGGGCCUCAGCCCAGCUCUAACACCCCCAGCAACGAGGCCCGCCAGGAGGCCAACCCUUCACCUAGCAUGGGUCAGUGGCAAACAACCACACCAACUAAAACCCAUCAUGGGAAUCAAAUUAUUUUAAUUUCUGAUAUUUAGAACAAACUCACCAGACUAGUUCUAAGCUUUUGCUAACUCUCUUGCAUUAUUGCUAACACUCUUGUAUUUGUCUGAUUGUCCAACAGGCAAACAUAAACAGCAGAGCAAAGCCAACAGCCGAAAGUCAAAGUCGCCCAACCCAGGCCAGGCAUACGCAGCAGCAGGAGGGGAGCGGCCCUCUUCAGUCUCUUCCGUCCACUCAGAGGGAGACUACCACCGGCAGCCCCCGGCCUGGUCCUGGGAGGACCGGCCCUCAUCCACAGGUACAUUAGGCCCUUAGCCCCAUAUAAACCCUGUCUGUCUGGCCAUUUGUCUGUACACCAUUCCACAUUAACAGCCACACAGGUAUUCAGAAAUCUGGAUUGUAUUUUCUUGUCUCUCAAAAAUUUAUUUUCAGCCUGACAUAAGACACAAAUGAACAAUCUGAAUCCCUCUAACGACAAUCCUGUCUCACUUUACUCUCCAGGCUCCAUGCAGUUCCCCUAUAACCCCUUGACCAUGCGCAUGCUGAGCAGCACACCCCCCACCUCCAUGCAGGCCCAGCAGCCUCCACCUGGAGGCCCUCCGGGACCCCAGCAGCAGCAGCAGCAGCGUGUAUGGGAGCGGGAGCCCCUACUGUCGGAGCAGUAUGAGACCCUGUCAGACAGUGACGACUGA